GCUGUUUCGGCCUGUUCCGCAGCCACUCGGUCAUUUUCGCCUCUUUGUUUUACUGAUAGUGGAUUUAACUCGGAUUCAACCCAAUAUCCAGCGGAUCGUGCUGCUCCCGAACAGGUUAGUUCGCUUAACUGGACUUAUUCUCUCUCUGCUCCGUCCCCGAUGGGUCUCUGGCCGGUUUACGGUCCCGGUUUGUUCCCCCUCCUCUUCAUUUUUCGCAUGUCUCUUUCCGCUGGCUGCUACGGGGCAUGCUAUACGUGUUGUUUUAUGUGUCUAUGUGGUGGUGUAUGGCGGCGCCGGGCCCAGCAGUUGCACACCGGGGAUGGGGUUUUUUAAGGGGAAACGUGCGCUGUAACGGCUGUUUUAAGCUAACCGGGAUGCCCUCGGUUAGCCGAACCGGAGAGGAGAGUCGGGCAGCCGUCUCUCCGCCUGUCUCGUCAUGUUUCACCGCUGUUGUUUCCUCUCAGCUCCAAACACCAAUUCUCCUUUUUUCCCAUUGAGAAGGAAUGCUCUUGAAAAAACCUCCACCAUGAAGCUAACCUCCUCCUCCUCCUGCUGCCGUCCAAAGUUCACUCUGUGUGUAUGAGAGAGUGUGUUCGUGUGGAGGGUCUACAUGAGGUUUGAAUUAAAUCAAGACACACAAAAGUUGCUGCAUUUUUUCCUCUCUCUUCAGGGUGGAUGUCGCCCCUCGUCAGGCUGCAGCAGCAGCAGCAGCAGCAGCCCUGUGUGACAUUGUAGGGGAGAAAGCAUGCAGAGCAGCCAACAAGUCUGUGCAGUUAUUGUGGAAAUAGAUGCAAACAGAAGAUAGCUAUCAGAUCUCCUCUGUCUGUGUCACUUUGGCAGAAUAAGGCUGUUCAAUUCAGGGGCUUACUCAACUUUUCUCUGCAGCUCAGGAAGCAUGCUUUGGGUGAUUCUCAGGUCAAAAGAUGUUGGUGUCUGUAGGUAUUUCUUUAAACAGGUUUGAUUGUGGUCGCUGAGUGAUUUCUUUCUUCCCUGCUGUCUAAAUCUAACCAGAGUCUAGACCACAUCUGCAGAGCUAGACUGCAAAACCUCACUUCUGUCUGUCUGUAGUUGGGUCUGGGUCCUUUUUUCGCUUUCACAUAUGAAGGGGGAAAGUUCAUGUGAAUUUUAAAACAUGGUUUGGCCUCAUUGAAGAAACUUUUGCUCGUCUGAUAUGAAACCUUAUGCGUGGGAACACUGGAAAGUUGACUUUUCAUUGUAAGUGGAGCUUUUUGUGUGUGUGAAUAUUUGCUUAUGCACAAAACAAGGCAGCUUAAUUGUUUUUUUUUAACACCCUGAAUUCAUAAAGAAGGAGAGGCGUUUUGUAUACUCAUGUUCAGAUGUUGCUCUGGGAUGGUGAGGCUCUUAAUGUUGGGCUUUAAAGGUGCAAUCUGUAAAAUAUUGCUGGAGAUCUGACUGGAUAGAAAUCAAACUCAACAAUCAAAAGCGUUAGUAUAUUACAAUGAGCCUUUUUAAUGUACUUAGGAGUGAGUCUGGUAUCCUGCACUGACAUGCUUACUACUGUAGCUAAUACUGUAGCUAGUAAGAUGUGCAUUUUUGUAUUUUGUAUAAUGAGUGUUCGAUUGAUGUUUUUGAUGGUAAAAACCUCACCUGUGGAGGAUCAUUGCAGAAGUGAGUAAGGAGGCAUCUUAGACUAGAAUCUUCCGGCUGGAUAUCGUUAAAAAUCCCCAUUUCUACACACAGUACCUUUAAAUUUACACCUUUGACCUUUGUGUAUGUGACAGUCUGCUGUGAAACACACUUCAACAUGAAGACAGAAAUUAGUCAAGCCCGUUCUUAAGGUCAAAUUUUGUGCUGCUCUCAGUCUGUGUGCAGGUUUUAUAGGUUUGAGGGUGUAAAAUCUGAAUCCCCCUGAAUGCAGUGUUAAUUUUAGCAGUGAAGUCGACUCCUAACUCUGCAAAAGUAGCUGCUUUACUCCAGAUUUUGACCGUAGAAGCUUAUGGUGGUACCUUUCUCCUGUAGGAUAGGCUCCUUGAAAUCGAAGUACCUCAAAACAAAGUUAUUCCUCUGAAUAAUUUGGCUUAUAGACCUAGAAGUUGGAGUUUAGCAGUGUUUUAUGCUUAUUUAUCUACAGGCAUUUGCAGCCGUGCAAAAAGUCAGAGCGUCAUGAGAUUCAAGCACGCUGACACAAGAACAAAAAGUGUGGUCAAUGACACACAGAUAUAUGAAAUCUUUGGUCUGCAGGUAUCACAAAUCAGUGCCCCCUCGAUAAACUACAGACCUGUGCUAUACUGAGCUCACUGCAGCGAAACAAAAGAGCGUUAAUCAUCCUGGUUCUGAGUUCAAGCGAGGGCACUCUCUGUGUACUAUUGACACUGCAGCUCCCCGGGCUUCAUCAUCGUGUGCUUCUGACAUUAGUGGGAGUAAACCGACAACGUUUGAACCUCCACAACCUGACUAACAGGGCGCCUGUUGUCGGCACUUGACUCACAUGUUGUCUGCUAAUUGAUCAUUUUGUGACUAUGAAUGUGCGCUCACCAUGCGUGUGUUUUCUCUGCCGCCGUGAGAUUCGAUACGCUCAAACACGCCGCUGCUACUAAAACUGCACCCUCAGCGCGUGCGUGUGUUUAAAUGCCGAGAUGCUCUGAUGUUUAUAUCAUCAGAGGGGACGGAGAUCUGACGUUGGCAAGUCCAGAUUUUCUCCAAGGAGGCUUUUUGCUUUUCUUUUAACUUAAUGUCUUUGGGUUGCUUUGCAGAAAAGUGGCCCCAGCUUGAGACCAGAAUCAAACCAAAAAGCUGCACAUGCUCUGCACGCUGCUCCUUUUCUUACCUCAUGCUGCUGGACUCCUUUUUUUAAAGCUCACUGAAACACCUCCCUGACCUGACUCAUGGCUCACAGCUCACAGGCAGUUUAAUGUUACUUGGCCUGUGCUCAGAGAUACCAUACGAAGCCCACACAUACUCGCCAAGCGUCAACUUUCAUGUUAGUUUUCUGCUGACUCUGCAGGAGUACUCUAAAUUAAUCACAGCUUUUCUGCACAGCUGACCCCUGACCUGGAAUUGAAUUACGUUUUAUGGUUUAUAUUCCAUGCUGCAUGAAGAUUUCUAUUGCAUAAUGGCUGCGCAGGGCAUUUAUUUUGACCCAUUACCACCAAACAUGCAUCCUUAACAAUGUUAACAGUCCCACUGGGCAAUCAGAUAAAACUGUCAGGCCAGGCGAGCAGGAUAUGACCUCUUUUGGACUUGAUAAUGGAGGAGGGAAAAAAACCUCAAAAGUGGCUGAAGCUCCAGAAGAUGCAUUUGUUUUUCUCAGACAGGAAAUUAUCUCAGGCAGCUUCCUAAAUGAGCCAGUGAGCAACCGUGGAGGAUCCCCUCGCCUACAAAUCAAGCUGCAGUUUGGAGAAGCUGCUCAAAUCCUCAGCAUGGCGCUCACUUUCUCCCCCUUAACACGUUCGGUUUCUUUCAGCCUCCGAUAAGAGCUGAGAAAUUGAACUCUGCGAGAAAAUAAAUGAGAUCAGUCCGACUUCAGCCCAGAAAGUUCCUUACAGAUUCAGAUAAAAAACGUUGGUUACCUACCGUGACCAAGAAAUCAUUUUAUUGCAUGAGAAACUGAACAAACUGUGUGUUAUAGUAGUUAAGUAUGUCUCUGUUAAAAUCUCUUAUUCUUAAAUUAGCUGUAAAAAACACCUUAUUGUUCUUACACCAACACACGGAAAACUCUAAUUUCAGCCUGCGUCUAAAACGAAAGUUGCUUUUCGAGUGAUUGAAAGUCAGACACAGUUUGUGGGUGUUACUUUUUACACAUUUUUGUAGUCAUGACACUUGUUCUUUUGCAGACAAGCCGAUAAAAGCUCCUAAUUCAAACUUAACGUACUGCACAGGAGUUACGAGUGAAGCAGAAACAGCAGCAGAAUAAUGUCAGGCAAACUCAAGAUUUCCACAUGAAUCCUACCCUGACGUGCAAAUUUGAUCCGUUGAUACGACACGAAGGGGACUCUGACUCGAGGGAAGUGGUGUUGUGCUGCAGUUGCAUAACUAAGACUGCCACCGGCGGUGAAUAUCGGUUAACAAAUAAACAGAGACGUGUAGGUGAUGUUCUAAUGCACGCUGUAUUUUUAGGAAUGACCUUUUAGAGCCGCUGAGAAUGAAAGUCCAAGUCAAGUGAACAUAACUGGAACUGGACCCUACACUUUCAUCGCAAAAAAAGUCGGUAUUGGCGAGCUAAUGCAAAAUCUUCUGCCUGUUUUCCUCUUAAAUAAAUAAUAACUUUAUUAAAAGGUUGCACAGCUUGGAAAUGAAAAGCCAGGGAGUACUGAAGGCAAAGCAAGGAGUAAAUCCAAACAAGGAAAUAAACACCGAAUACAAAGGAGCUUGAUUGGCCGUUGAGGCUGAUUGUAGGUGACAGGGUACUGGUUAGCUUGUGCAGCUAGUUCUCCAGAUACAGUUGAUAAUAAAUCUGCACCAACAACGCCUUCACACACAGCGGCCUUUUAUGAAGCGAGGCCUCGAGGUGCUCAACUUUUAGUUAUAAAAUCAUCGCUUUGGAACAGAGGGUGCAGACUGCUUUGUAAAAUAUUUGGUAGAGCUGGGGAAGAAAGCUGUAUUUGAGAUAUGAUCAGCUGGCAUAAAAGGAGUAUUAGAUUGAAGGAAAGGAAAAUCUACAUUAAGUCACUCUUCCUCUCCAGCUUGUUUGUUGUUCAGUUCAGAGAAUGUCUGAUAAUCAGGAGCAGCUCUGUGGACUUUUUUUCAUGGUGAUGAGGUUUCCUCCCAUUUGGCAGACAGAUUGGAGGUCAGUGCUGCUGAGUGAUUUUCUAGUUACACACCAAAAGUGCAGAACUGGGUUGAGACCGUUGGGAUAAUUGGGUCUAGCUGUAAAAAUAUAAUUUGGGGUUCAGCUGAGACGCUCUGGACUGAACUCACUCUGUGUGUCAGUGACCUUAAACUUUGCUGAAAACACAAAGAGUUAAAUAAAGAGCGCAGAGAUUCACAUCUCUACGGCGUGUAUAUGCAUUUUCCUUUCUUGUCCUCUUCGGGGCCAGAGGGAAGGACAGCAGGAUACUUAAAUGUUGAGUUAGUGUUAUUGUUUUAACUAGUCUCCCUGUUAUGUAUCCCGGGACCCUAAAUGAACUUCAGUGAUUAAAAAAGUCAGUUGCCUUGAGGCGAAUCUCCUUGCAGAAGAGUUUGGGAUUAAUACACAAUGAUUAUUCAUUUAUAUAAAACAAGAGAAAACUCCUUGUGACAAGCAAUUAAUUUGUCAAGAUGGACAAGAGGAACCCUCCAAAUCUGAAAAAAAAAAAAAAACCUUAACAAGAACUGUAAAAGAUUGUAGGGCUCCAUGCAGUAGUGAUGCCAGUUUUAAGCAGACACAGAUAACACUGAUCUCACCACAGAGUGUGUUUGAAUCCAGAAAAUUACCUUUUACAUAGGCUGUACUUAGGCUACGUUCACACUGCAGGUUAUGAUGCACAACUCAAAUUUUUUGUUAAAUCCGAUCUUUUUGUGCAAUCGUUCACAUUACAACAACGAAUGCGGCAUCUAAUGUGAACAGAAUGCGUCCGUGAAGUGACCCACAUGUGCACAUAGCAGGACGUAACGCCUCAAACACCGCCCGGUCACGGUAUGAGCCCGUUAUUUCGGUUUGAACUGAUCGGUCUUUCCAUAUAUUUAUCAACUCUAACGUUUCUUCUUUUCGCCACUGGCUGUUCUCCGUUCCCUCGUCCGCCAUUGCGUCUGUUUGUGUUGUCGAACAAUGUUGAUGUUUGUCACAUAUUGAUGACGUAUAGGUUGGAUGAACACGCCUGAGCGUCCACACUGCAGUCACAUCGGAUACAUAUCUGAUUUAUAUCCACAUAUAAAAAAAGCCUGAAUCAGAUUUGAAAAAAAUCAGAAUUGCACUGUUCACACUUAUAUCAAAAAAUCAGAUCUGUGUCACAUAUGGUUAAAAAAUCGGAAUUGACCUGCAGUGUGAACAUGGCCUUAGUUAACUUUAGUGGAGCAAUACCUAACAAACACAUGCAUGUACAGGACAUCUGUGUGUCCCGCUAACAUCUACAGUAGGGCUGGGCGAUAAAUUAUCAUCCAGGAUUUAUUUUCAGAAAAUUCCUCCACAAUAAAUAUUUGCCAUCUCAUGAUAAAGACGAUAAAUGCAAGUUGAUGACGUAAGUGCGAGCAACAGACUCACAGCCGUAGCCCCCACAGAUCAGAAUAACAAACAAACAAACAAACAAACAUGGCCGAAGGUGAUGAAGAAGACGUUCCUGAGCAGCUUGUUACUGAACGAGGCUCUGCAUGAGGGAUUUUCUUCAAGAUUGGGGCUUAGAUGAGUUCAUUCGGGAGUUUUCAGUAAAUGUUGGAAGUGUUUUCACAUUUCAGACUUGUUUGAAGUGAUUAGUUUUCUCCAUCACCUAUCACUCAAACUUGUGGUUAAGUAUGUUUUUUGACUACUCUGACUGGUGUUCUCAAGUCAAAAUGAGCCAGAAACAUAGAUUGGAAUUAUAAUAUUUAAUAUCAGGACUUUUAUUGUUAUCGCCAGGAUCUUAUGAUAAUUUUUUUAGCCUAUAUCGCCCAUCCCUAUUCUGCAGACUCUGAAGCAGCUUUUUAGCCGGAAAGUUUCAAACUCGAUUUUGCUGAUUUUUUAACUUUUUCUUUUCCAAACUUUUAAAAGGGUCAGGACUGUAUUUAUUGAGCUUGAACAUAAUUAAAUUUCUCUGGUUUAAUAUUCACCAUCUUCUCUGUUGUUAAUGUGGAUGUGACUUGAGUAAAUAAAAAGAGUUCUUAGUGUUAUUUCUAAGUCAGUGAUUGCUGGCAUCCUGCCUCCCACUCCUCUGUCAGCUGAGUGAUUCAGAGGAUGUUGAGCUACUUCUCACCGACAUUAAAGAUGACCCGGAAAAGAGGCAAAUGAAUCAUAAAACUAAACAGAAAUUAGCUCCUGCUGUUGUGUUUUUUCCACUUUUCUUUUCCUCCAAACUGUGUUUUUUUGUCUUUUCUGAGGCUCCUCUUUAAAGAACUAACAGACAAUAAAACAGGUCAGCUCCUAUUUAUUGGUCUGUCAGCUGUUUGAUUAAGCGUGGUCAGGGGUCAGCGAGGCUCUGCUCAUUGCACUAACUUCCCAUGAAAGUCUGUAACAGAGCGAUGCACAAGUGACAGCACCAUUUAGCAUCUCUGUCAGUUUAAUGAACCCAGAGAGCCUCUUGUAAAUGAACGUCGGUGGGCCAAAUGAUGAAUUAAUUACUCAUCGGCUUGUACUUGAGCCCAGCUCGUACAGUAAAUGGGUAAUAACUGUCAUCUCCGGGUCGGUGUGAGACUCGCCCUGUCUGUGCCUGAAGCCACAAGCCCACAGUUUGUGGUUCAAACUGGAAAAGCCAGACAGCGCUACACUGCUGAGCAUGUUAACCAACAAACCCACGUAAUGGCUCAUUGCAUCCUCAGUGUAACAGCUCCUCUCUGCCCCACCGACAGACUGGAUCAAAACAUUUGAAUGAUUUCACUCUGAGGGAAAUAUUAGCAUGGAUUUGGUGUAAAUAUUAAUGGUUGUUGUGGUGACAGAUGGAGAGAGAAAUGUUUGAAAACAGUGACCCAGUUGAGGGUUUUCGUGGUUUGGUGCUUAGAGUAUUAGAGUCCCCCCUGUCACGUCACUUUAGAGUAAAUUUAUCCGGACUUCACUCUGAUCCGCCUGUGUUAAUAAAUCGUGGAUUCACUCACAUCCCAGUAGACCCUCAGCCCUCCUUACAGAAGUACAGGACUCAAGUUUUCACAGUUUCCUGCGCAGAAGCUCGGAACAAAGACCUGACUGCGUUCAGGUUCUACUCAGCUCACUGAUCACAAAAUGUGUCGUGUGGCGCAACAAACAAUACAAGCUAAGGAUGGGCGAUAUAGCCUCAAAUCAAUAUCAUGAUGGACGAUAACUACUCCACAAGCUGCUCACCCCCUCCCACAUAAACUUCGUCUACUUCAGCCGCUACAACUUUUGAACCGUCCUCCAUCUCCUCACCUGUCUUUCCCUCUUUGCUACAGACUGGAUUGGUAGGAGUCAUCGUCUUAAAGGGACAUUGGACCAUAGCCUAUCUACACACAUCCUAAACCAACUUAUUUAACAUUUUUUGACACUGAAUAUCUUGACAUGGGCAAAAUGAUGUCAGUUAUUGUCAUAAAUUUCAGUAUCGGUAAAUUUUCGGUUUAUCGCCCAGCCCUACCAUAAGCAAGAUAAUCAUCUUGAGACUUGGUAGCAGUAAAGGUGCAGUCAGUAUGUUUUUUUUUUAGGCUGCUGUAAAUCGGUUGUUGUUGUUGAGUUUCACAUUUUGAGUGAACACAGUCAGGCAAACCCAACACAAUCAUGAGGGUCGACUGAUAUUGUUUUAUCACAGCCGAUACAGACGAUAGCCGCCAUGCAUUGACAGAAAAAAUGAAAACUUUCUGCCAAAGUAAGAGUGUAAGAUUUUUACAACCCCAACUGAAAACUUUCCUCAAGUACAUUUAGUAAAUCUGAAACUUUCAACAUCAUUCAUAGGAGUCAGCUGUUAACCAGUGGUGUCAAAUAGUCAUAAGAUGUACAGCCAAUCAGUCAGCUGUUGGUGAGUCAUUAGGCGAGACCGAUAUGAAAGAUACACCAGCAGCAGCUGAAGUAGAGCACUUUUUAUUGGAACAACUUUUGCAAAAUUAAGGUGGAAACAGAUUUAGAUAAUCAGCCGAAUAUCACUGAAUAUCGGCCAAUAAUUGGUCUCCUUUUAUAAUUUGAUGAUUUUGAAGUUCUGGCUGAAUAUCUGUCUGUCACAUGAGCCUGAUUAUUUAGAGUGACCUCUAAUGACCUUGUCAUGGCAGAGCUCAUCCCACUUUGUAGGAGAGUGGUGUUGGUGGUCCGGGACCCUCCCCCUUCCCCCAAAUCCGCUCCUCCCCCCCUCGUGCUCUCCAGUGUCAUUAACAUGAGGGUCAGUAGGCCAGGACCUUCAGAAGAGGCCACUUUGACCCCAGGAUUGUCUCUGUAGCCUGGUUUGGUUUGGGCUCAGAGACAGGUGUAAACCAGAGCGGCAGGUAGUCAGUCAGUUUUAGAUUAUUGGUUUAAGGUUAGGUUUCUGUUUUUUUUUAAUACCAGUUUUUAAUUGAAUAAUAGUAAAGAAAGCUACAUUUGCCUAAGUUAGUUGUUUUAGGAGGACAGUCUCAGAUCUCUCAGUCUAACUUCCUAAAAGCAAAACUUUUUAGACAUAAAAACUUUUUUUUAAAACAUCUUUUUAUUCAUAUUCACUCUGGUUCGAUUCCUACAAACUGACAGCUUUCAUCACAUCUUUUGAACUGUUUUCAUCUCGGAGGGUGUACAAGUUUCUUCUCUGUGAGUUUCAAACCAAACUCCUACAUUUUGGCCUCUUUUCUUGGCGCUUUGCUCUCUCCAUUAUUAAUUUCCACCGGCUUUAUUUCGCUGCCUAAGUCCUUAUUCACCUCAUUUUUAUUCAGACUCUCAACGUGCUUGUGUCUGCCCUGCCAAACAGAACUUUUCUUCGCUGCUCCGAAAUCAGUUGAGCAACACCGCGAGAGAAAUGAGGGCCAACAUUGUCUGAGGAAACAGGAAGUUAAGGUCUUAAGGGGACGCAUUAAUAUUGCAUGUGGAGACUGUGGCCUAAAUGGUUCAAGGUUAUUGAUUGAAACGUUUGAGCCAAGUACUCAUUAUGAGCGCCUUCAGCUGGAGAACGGCAGUAAAAAAAAACACCUCCCUGACCUGCUUCUGUUUUAAACAAAGUGUCAAACGUCCCGUCACAGCGGCGGAGUUUUUAUCAGGGUGUAACUAAGACUUGAAAGCAGAGUGACGCUGAAAGACACAUGCCUCCCUGUGCAAAUAUGAAGCUUUAAAACACCGAGUGUUACCCAGGAGUUGUCAGGAUAAGUGGCAGGUAGGUGCACAUGUCAGCGCUAAGUUCACUACAGAGAUGACGUUCCUGACAGGCGGGACAAGUUAAGUGAAUUUCAGCUCUGAGGAAGUGAAGGGCGCUUGGUUAUUACAAAAUUUUAGCCUUCAACAUUAAAGUGUCAGUGUGUGAGUUUAACCAAAGCUGCCAGUGAAGCUAUCAGGGGUAAAAAUGCAAAUUCAUACUGUAGACCGAAGACUGUAGCACCUGAUGGAGAAGAAAAUACAAGUUAUUACUGUUACUACAACUUGAAACUUUUCAGAAUGACAUCCUGACCUUCCCUUAACCUCGGUGACAUUUCACCAAACUGAACCCUCAAAGCGAUGCUCUUUUUUUUCCUCCUGAUAAAAGCAGAUUUUUCGUUUUCCCCUCCCCCUGUUAAAGUCUCGUUUGGGUGCUAAUCACGCUUUCACGCUAAUCAUUUUGAGCGUGGCGGGGGAGGCGGGGGCGCGCAGGGCCUCGGGACGCUGUCACAGAGCGGGAGCAGCCUGUGAACGUCAAAGUUUUUGGCAGACGGUUUUUAAUUUGAGCGAGUGGCUGUAAGAACGAGUUACUGCCAAGACCGCCAGGAGCUUCACGUCACCACAAAUCUGUGAAAAUCUGUUUUUGCUGUCCUUUGUGUCCAGAUUUUCUCUCAAAUGUCAACACUGAAUUGUUCGGUGUUGAUUUGUCUUUGCUUUUUCAUUGUUAAUCAACAGUUAUUCAGAAGUUAUUAACACUGUAUUCAGAUAUGUUGGUAUGAUGCACACUUUAUAUGCAAAGGUGUCGCUGCUUUCAUGAGGUGUAUUUUAGCCCCAGACUGUAGUUGAGGACACGCUGCAGAGUCCUGCUUCUGCUGGUUGUAACACUUGUAUUUGGAGCUGUUUGCUGGUGAUUUACUCUCCGGAGACACAAUUAAAAACAGAGUGUAAACAGCCUCCACAUUGUUGUAUGUAUGAAAAUUUAAUGACAAAGGCUUUAGAGCUUCCUUUACUGCCGCUUCGACUGCACCACCGCCAGACAGGCAUGGAUGUGAGUAAAGGUGGGAGUCCAGAGGUGUGGGAUUGUUUAAAUCAAGCUGGCACGGACUCUUAAAUGCAGUCUGCUGCACUCUGCUUCUCUACAUUAUCGCUUUUUUUCCCUGUAGCAAAUGGAUGGUAAAAGUGUUAUAUAUGUAAUAUAGGGCUGCAAAAUUAUUGAGAUUAUUUGACUGUGAUGACGUUAAAAAAAUCAAAAUCAUCAAACCGAUUUUCCUCCAGGCCACCGUUGGCUGCCCCUUCCUGCAGGAGUGCUCCCCAGUUCCCACACACACCAGUGUAAACAAACAUGGCGUCGGCAAAAGAAGGCGAUAAUUUCGUGGCUUAAUCGGACAAGAGCGAGUCAGUCGUGUUGAAUUGGUACGGCUUCGCAGUUUCAGAUGAAGAGCAAACCACUCCCCGCUGCAAAGUCUGUCUGAAGGCGGUAUCAACCCGUCCACACGGAAACGAAUUCAGGAGUUAAACGCUAAACAGUAACGGCGUUUCAGGUGACUGUAAACGGUACUUUUUGAAAACAUGUCAGAGAGUACAUAAAUCUGUAAACGACAAUCAUUUCAUCUCCGUGUGGAUGUCUAUCUGCAUCUCUGGAAACGAUCAUGUGACACACAGUGUUACUCUUUUAUGGCACCUGUGCGUGUCCGGCCAAAACAACCUUUCUACACAUCCUCUGUACUCUUUUUCUGUCUUUUGUGCAUUUCCUGGGCAGCGUUACAGCGCCAUCAAUGGCUUGGCAUAUGCACUACAUCAUUUUCAGUUGUUUCAUUUUAAGAGACAGGAAGAUUAAAGAGCGUCCACAUUAAUCAAUGUCCGUGGUUUGCUGAAUAUUUUUAUACUGAGCGUUUUUGCUCGCCUUUUGUGUUCCAGUGCUGAUCUCAGUUUAUUUUCACCCCGCCGAGCCACGCUCCGUUUUCCCCCUGUGGCUGAGGAGUUUGCCGUCAGAGUCUGAAAAACUCUGUUUUAAGAGAUGAUUGAAAAACUUUUUAUUAUUCAAGUGAAGUUUGGUGAAGUUGUCACAGAAUAAAAAAUCGAAAUCCAAAAUCAAGUUUUCAGAGAAAAGAAUCAGGAUUUAAUUUUUGGCCAAAGUCGUGCAGCCCUAAUGUAAUGGUGAGGCAGAAAAGAGGCUGUAAGACACAGUCGGCUGAGUCCUGCUGGUGAUCUCAAGGAUGAUUAUCUGGGAUGGAGAAGAGCUGCUUUGCAUCUUGACAACAUGAAGUAAAGAUUACAACUGUUGAUGCCCAGCUCACUGCUAAGACUAGAAAUAAGAAGGAAAGAGUUCGUCUGACAGUCUUUUCUUCAGUCCUCUCCUGGCGGACGGCUGUCUGAAGGUCGACGAUGAAGCUGACUCAGCCUCAUUCAUGCUUUUAAAACUGCCUUUUUAUAGUCGCUGCUAUCUGCUGUGCAAAGAUAAAGACUCAACUCUAACAAACAAAAACCACAAUCAUUCUGAGUAUAAUGCUAUCGGCUCUGCUAAAUAUGCGUGAAGCCUCAUUUUCUGGCACUUUACAGAGCCGUGUUAUCCUCUUGUGUUUUUGGAAAACGGUGACAGCUUUAUUCGGUUAUUUGACGGCUGACGGAGAUGUUUUUAGUCCCCCAGAUGAUAAAGGAUUAGUGUGAAAACAAUAAUGUCAGUCUUUACAGCUGCUUUGCUUGUUAUCCUGUUGUUUCAGCUCGCUGUGGGAGCAACAGUCAGCUACGCUCAUUACUCUUUAAUUCAAUGACUUAAUUAACAUUGACUUUUUAUUGGGAUCAUCGCUUUCUGGCGGAUUGUAAUUUUGCAAAAUCGGUCCCUUACUGGUAAUAAAAACAAGUUCUUUUCAUAAAGUUGAAGACAGUUUAGAUUUUCUCUUCAUGCAGGAAGAAAUCUGCAACAAACAGCAGCAACAAACAAAGAAGUGAAGCUCGUAGGUUUGAUGCUUUUAAAGACACAGAGCUGGAGGAAGUUUCUUUAUUCUUUUACCUAAAGAGCGAAAAAAAAACAAGUUUGAGAGGCUGAUGCUUGAGAUGUUAAAGCUGAAAAAAAUCAGAGUUUCAAAUCGAAUGAAGAGAUAAAGUUUAAUUACUCGGCGUGAUAGAAUAAAAAGAGUAAAAGUGGACAGUUUGACAAUUUGAAGCACCAAAUACAUCUCUAACUUGGAUUCAUAUGUUGGUUUCCUUCUGGGAUAAGAGGUAACAGGAGUCUGAGCUGACCCGGACUUUCACCUUACCAAAAGCGUUUCCAGCUUGGGACAUGUCGUCCUUCCAGGUCUGCCCCAUGACCUCCUCUAUUGUAGUCCUUUUGAUAUCAAGAAGAAAGUUGAUCCUCCAGGCACUCUCCUAAAGGUCUGAGCUCUUGUCUUUGGCUUUAAGGCUGACCCCAGACUCCCUGUCUAGGAAGCUCAUUUAGACCCCUUCUAUUCACUACCUGUAGCAUGUGGCUGUGAGUGAAGGCUGGAAUGUGGAGCGACAGGUAAAGGGAAAGCUUAUAAUUUAACAAAAGUAUAUCAAUUCACUGUGAAAGGUCUUGUCUGGGUUAGAGUCUGGUUAUAAUUUAUGAUGAAAAUGAUGGUAAACCGCAGGACUACGAUUGAAGAUACCAGACUUGCAGAGUUUUUCAGACUGACGGCAAACCCGACUUGGACUUCACAGCUUUUACUUUUGUCCCUGAAGGCCACUGUUGCUUCACCAAUAGGAGUGAGCAAGAGAGCGUUUCAGUCUAAAAUAUAACAGUAAUGUAGGGCGGUUACCCCCACAUCUUUCCUGUCUCUCUUCAGCUGUUCUAUCUUAUAAAGGAAAACACCCCAAAUUAAUUUAGGUUAAAGCUGUAAAGGACAAAGAAAACUAUGAUCAUAAUCAGGGCAGUAAAGUUCUAGUCGACUGGUCGACUUAUUGGUCGAUACGUGCUGAGUCGACCACAAUUCUGAUUGGUCGACUCGAUUUUUUUCCGCAUCAAUUUACAGUCAAUGGUUAAUUUCAUCAGGAGGAACGUACCAAGUGCUAAUGGGGGUGUUUUCAGAGCACCCCCAUUUCACAGGUAACAGCCUGUCUCAGAACACCCCCUCGUACCAGGAUUCGCCGAACCCACUGAAGACAGGAAGAUUAAAGAGCGCCCGGUGGUUUGCUGAAUAUGAUAUUUGUUUAAUUGCCUUCUUGUGCCGAUAUCAGUAUAUUUUCACCCCGCCAAGCUGCGCUGCACCGAGCUGUGUUGCCGUAGAAGGGUUUACCUUUAGAGUUGGGCCCCUACCUACUGAAUGAGUCGAUUUUUGGUCAAAAAUUUUAGGGUUUAGUCGACCAAGAAUUUCUUUGGUUGAUUACAGCCCUACCUUUGUAUGUUAUUGCUAAAUGUCUAUAUGCUGUACCUUGAGAUGGCGGAUGCAGAGAUCUCCAGCUGUUGGUAAUAUAAUAGUUUUAUGCCGUCUACUAAUCUAAAUGAGGCCGUUAUGAGAUGAUGUACAACACCACCUGAUGUGGCUCUUCAGCAGAUGGCUAUAAAGAGAAGAACAGAGGGCAGAGGAUGUCUGAACGGGUUUCCUCCUCCUCCUCCUCCUCUUCCUCCUCCUCGUCUUCUUCUUUGAGGCUGAUUUCUUUUGUCUUCCCGCCGCUGUGUCCUGAUCCUCGAGGUGUUAACGCUGUUUUCUCUCUGAUAUCCUCCUCUUCUGUGAAUUCUGCUCUUGUUACUGUCUGUCUGCACAACAAGACCGCCCCACGCUCCAUAACAGCAUCUCUGUAAUAAUUCAGUAGAGCUGCAUGGCGAGCCCAUUUGGCGAUGCUAAUAGCAUACGCUGCAUAAUAGAAACAUUUAUCCAAAGCUGCUUACAGAGUCAGGAGUGCAUCAUUUCUGUGCUUGUGGCUCUGCUGGGAUUUCCUAACCUUUUGAGCACAAUGAUAGUCACAGAGAGGAGCCGUUAACCCGGAUAAUUAUCCCUCUGUUUACUUCUGUUAACCAGCGUUUUAAACACAGAUUUCCUCCUCUAAAAUGAGACGUUUUAACCCAGCGAUACUAGAUCUUCUCUUUGGCUUUUUUUAAUCUCUGCCUGUAUUGAAUUUAUCCCGCUGGUUAGCAAACAGCAGCUCCACAUUCUGUCUCAUCAGAGAGCGCCGAGUCUGCGGUCAAUAACAGAAUCAUUCACAGUUACUCAAGCAGAGCAGCCAAACACAAACGUCAUUAGCGUGUCCUCGGAUGCCUGUCUGUUUCUGAUAUGAAAUCAGAACAAACCUCGGUAUCUCAGCGUUCAGAGCAAUCUCAGAGACAAAGUGGGAAAAAAACGGACUUGAUGAGGUAAAUGGGAGUUAUCAAACCUGCUUUGAUAACUCCUGACCUGUGCGGUAAUCUGAGCUCACAUUAAGUGUUUUACUCUGUUAAAAUAAUGAAUGUUUAAUGAUUUUUCUGACUUCUAAACUGCAAAAGUUAAGUGAUGACAGAAGCUGAGUAGUAGAAGUUAGGAGGAAGAAACUCUCACAACUCUCUGAAGCCCCAAAGUCUCGGUCUUAGUUUGAAGUGCACGAAAGCGGGUCCUGUAAAUUACCUUGUAUUCAGCGGUUUGUGUUUGAUGUUCCUAAAAUGACAUUUCCCUGACUUGAAGUUGGUCUUUGAAAGUCUCAGAAACAUGUCAUGUCUUCCAGUGAAGAUCCCACAGCAACAGCAGAUCUGCUUGAGGAAUCUCCACCCAAGAUUUUGCUCAACAAAAAGAAGUACACCGUGCCUCGGUACGAUCUGUCCCUGAAUAAUUUCACACCAUAAGAGCUAUUCUCAUUCCUGCGUGCUGUGCGGUCUAACAAAUUCAGCCUGACUUUUGAAGAGUUUGAGGGAAAAUGUGCUAUCUGAACCAUUUUGCACUUUUCGUCAGGAGGAGAGAGGCGACGGUAAGCUUGUUUAAGGAUGAAAGCCAGGGGGAGGAUGAACACAGUGAAAGUGGAGGGGGGUGCAUCACUCUCACCUCCGUCCAUCCCCUCUCUCUAAACCCAGCUCAGUCUCAGCACAGGACUGCUUUUCAAAGCUCUACACUCACCUGGUUGAAGAUGGGAUGGGAGUGAGUCUGGGAUUCAGUCUUUACAUUGGGUCUUUGUAAACAGAGUUCAGGCUAAACCGGCUUUUUGUGAGCUGUGUAAAUAAAGUUUGACUGAUCUUAAAAAGCCCUGAAGACAGAGUUCAGGGCUUGACACCAACUUUUUUCACGAGGAGUACAUGUGCUCCUGAGUUGAAAAAGUAAGGAGCACACAAAGAACUUUAGGGGCACAAUGAAAAUUAAUCAAACAAUGUGUGUCUUACUGGUCUUUGACAUGGAAAUACUGAAAAUGUUUCAAAUUUGCCUUUAAAUUUAACACAAAAAUUUUUAGAGGACAACUCAUUGAAAUAAAGAGGUGUGUCUUAUUGGUCGACAUAAGUACAAUUGUUUUAAAUCUAUUUUAGGUCAAUUGGUCACAUGACAUGGAAGGAAAACAGCCUUUUUUUGAGAACACCAACCGGUAAUUUAUUGAUGGUCCCUCAUUCAUCCCCCAACGUUGACAGUGAGGGUGUCGAGUAGAUUUAACCGCGCUGCUGUUUCUAUUCCACUCAUGGAGAGGGAGAAGACACCGGUAGAUCGGAAGUGAAUGUCCGUUGAAUAUCCAACCUGAAACUAACUUCACUGCAGUAUUUACAUGAAAAAACAUUUGUUGCUUCGGCUGAUUUUUUUAUGUGCACAUGUGCACACAUCUAUUUUUAGUCGCAAAUGCAAGUGAAACAGUCGCACUGUCAGCCCUGGAGUUAAUUUUUGUUUAUUUUAUACUCUGGGAACAACUGGAAUCGAGAGUAGGGGUGUCCCGGUACAACUUUUUGACUUCCGAUAAGAUACCGAUAUUGUAGCCUUCAGUAUUGGCCGAUACCAAUAUUGAUCUGAUAUUGGCACAGAAUUGUGCACGACAAGUUUUGCACUCGGCUGCAACGACUUUUCAGACUUACAUGAAAAAUACUGCCACAAGGUCGACAUCACUCCAACUCCUUGAUACUUUGUUAGUACCUUAGUACACACUGAUGUUGUGAUCAUGUGGGCUCUACAUGCUGGAUCUGGCUGCUGCUAGAUAGAGAUGCUGGAGUGGAGUCUGGAAUAGACUGCUUGUAUCAGAGUGCUGAUAUUGGAGAUUUAGAUGCAGGCCGAUAUAAUUCGAUUAUUAUUCUAGACCCUACAGAGGAAUCAUGUUCAUUGAGCCAAACUCACUAAACUUGUGUUUGAACCCCAAGGGAGAAAAAAAGGUGAUAGGUAACUAACUUUUUAUUUCUUUUUACCCUGAGUGUGGUGCCAAUGACACAUGUAACAGAGCUACCUUGUGACCUCUUGUAGUUUUUUGGACCCAAUGUCGUCACGCUUUUGUUUCCUCGAUACAGAAAAACAAACUUCUCCACUUUCCUCAUCGGCAGGUGAAUAAAAGUAGAAAUGAUGGGCGCAGAGUUUUAACCACAUUGAUUUUUGCUGCCAUAAAUUUUCCUCGAAUCGAUUGAAAGUAAAAGAGCGGGGUAGACUUACUUAAAAAAGAACUAGUCUUUUUCUGCUGGUUCAGUUUUCUAUCCUGAGAGCGUGAUCAGAUAUGUGAUCUGCUUCCUCCGGGAGAGACUGGCUGACUCUGAGAGAGUACUCCGUGUACCAUCUCUUCCUCCUCACUGCUCACACUGAUACACUCUGUUCUGUAUCACAGGAGAUUAUCACACGACCAAGUGUUGUAUAAAAUCUUGAGCCGCCGCUGCCGCGUUAUCCUCGCUCUAAACUUAUAGACUGUUUCAGACUAUGUGAGCGGCAGGAGUUUCAGUUUUCGUCUCUCCUCUCCUUCGUCUGUUUGUGUCUGACCUGCGAGGCGUAUUACACAUUAGCUUCACUAACUUCACUCCUGGCCUUCACAACCUAAACUCAAAGCUCAAUUAUUCAAGUGUUGCUGCUUCUUGGCAGCAGCACGUUCGGCCUCCUGGCUCUCUGCAGUCUGCUUCUCUUUGGAAUCACGUCUAUUGUCUGCCUGAUUUCCCCAGGCAGCGGAUCCUGGCGGCAGGAUUGAGGGCCAUCAAACAGAAUUAAGAGGAGACAAUAACUGUGUGUGUGACGGCGGGCGCGGGUGUGUGCUCGUGCGUGUUUGAAUACUCUCAGAUGGGCAAGAGCGUGUGGAAGUUUUUGUGUACUUUGUGUGGACUCUCGGUGUGUGUGUGUGUGUGUGUGUUUUGAAGUGAAGCCAAAGCCUCCACAACAAGCAGAGGCCUCUCCUCCUGCCUCCGUCCACUGAUGCAGGCCUUCAGUGUCCGUCGCUCCAGCUGGCAGCCAAUUUAUCCUGAGGCCAAACACUCCAAUGCCCACAGGCAGGCCAACAGGGGCUCUUUGUGAUACCAGAGUGUGUGUGUGUGUUUGUGUGUGUGUGUGUGUGUGCGUUUCCCUGGGACAGUUGUUGAGCCCAUGAUUGACUGCAAAUGUUGUUAAUCUGCAGACCGAGCUGCAUCCAGAGGCCAUCUAUCAGCGUGUUUGCAUUGGUUAAAGCAGGAAUUGCAUUAGAGACUCAGAGGUAAUGAUUGCUCUGAGGCUGUGAGGCAGAUAGAAAGACUGUCUCCAUGUCACAAACCUAAACUUUAGACCGUGAUAUCACUAACUCAAUAUGGGAGCAACAGAAAGAAGCAGACGCACAAGAACUGAGGGAAGGAAAUUGAUAAAGUGACGUGGUUUGGUCUCACAAAGUUAAAAAGUACUCCUUGUUCUCGGCUCAGUAAAUCCAAUUUAGCAGAGACAAGUGAUCCAUGUCAUUUUUUUUAUGGUAGUCCGCUAAAUGAAGAUUUUACUGGCAGUAACUUUUGAAAACCACAUCUUAAAAUUGUGUCUACAAAACAGGACUACGCUGGACAAAGAGGCGGUGUUACAUAAGUGAAAAAAAGGCCUUUUAAUGGUCUAUCACUUUGGUGUAUCCACACAGAAAUCACUGGUCUUCAGCUUCACUCGCCCUCCUAAAAAAAACAAAAAAUGAAAAGGAAGAAAACACUUUCACAACAGACUUGGCUGCAUUUCCUCUCAGUCUUUCCUGUCUGAUUCAUAUUUGGCUUUUGCUGCGCUCUCUGGACUUUAAACAGAAACUUUCUUCUGCUCUCGAGCUCAAUAAUUCAGGGUUUGUGAUCGCCGACACGUUUUGUAAGUUAGAGCGCGGCGUCGUGUGGAGCUGCAGGGUUUCUCACAAAUAGACUUAAUUGAGGGGCCAUCCAGGUACAAAAACAGCCAUCCGAGUGAAUUUCCGAACUUAUUACACUGUUUUAUGUUUUUCUAUCACUCCAAGGAAACUAUUUGUGAUUGAUUAACCUGUGGGCACUCUCUGCUUUUCCAUAAAAGUCCACCUGCCUUAGCUGAGCUGCUAUGUAUUGUCAUGAAUGCUAUUAGUUUUUGAAGGUUUUUAUGUUCCAUUUAAUGUGGAGGUCAAAGGUCAUCACAUAACAUUACAUUGUACGUUAUCACUAAGUACUGUUUGGUUUUGGUAUUGUAUUAGGGCUGUACGAUUAAUCGAUUUUAAGUAAUCGGAUUAUUUGAUAAUGGUGUUUUAAAAAAAAUCGUCAAAUCGAUUUUCUUCUCUAUCAUGUCUCGUGCCUCCAGGUCACUGUAGGCUCCCCCUUCCUGCGAGACGCUACCCUGUUCCCACUCACACCAGUGUAAACAAACAUGGCGUUGGCAAAAGAAGGCGAUAAUUUUGUGGCUAAAUAGGACAAGAGCGAGUCAGUCGUGUAGAAUUGGUACGACUUCGCAGUUUCAGAUAAAGAGCAAACCACUCCCUGCUGCAAAGUCUGUCUGACGGCGGUAUCAAACAAAUGCAGGAAUGACUCCAGAAGUUUUUCGUGGUAUCGGCAUUUUAUCCACACAGAAACAGCGUUUCAGGUGACUGUAAACUUGAACUUUUUGAAAACGGGUCAGAGAGUGUAUAGAGCCGUAAACGACGACCAUUUCAUCUCCGUGUGGAUGUCUAUCUGCAUCUCUGGAAACGAUCAUGUGACACACAUUGUAACUCUUAUAUGGCGCCUGCACAAACACGCAUGCUUUUGUGCAUCCCCUGGGCAGCAUCACAGCGCCACUUACUGGCUUGGCAUAUUCACUACAUUGUUUUUAGUGGUUUCGUUUUGAGAGAUGAUAGAAAAACUUUGUCUUUGAAAGUGAAGUUUGGUGAAGUUGGCCAAAGUUGUGCAGCUCCACAUUGUCUUGAAUCAUAUCAUGUUGCUCAGUGUAGUAUUGCAUUGUACUAUUACCAUUAUUUCUGUAUGCAAGUCUUUCAAAUAUCAUCUCCAGGUUAUUUUCAUCUGCAGGUCAUGAAAGUCUGGUAUCUUCAAUCAGACACAAACACUACACACUUUUGCGUUUAAGGUUGUUUUUGGACGGCUUUACAUGUUUCACCCUGGGUUGUAAAAUAGUUCGAAGUAACUCCUCCUUCACUCCUGAGAUUAGAGCUGCCAGAUUCUGAUUUACUAAGACCACCAAGAAUGAAACCUCAAAACUGUUUCAUAUUUAGGGCAUUUAGCUGAUCCUCUUAUCCAGAGUGACCGUGGACACAAUUUUCCUUUCACAAAGUCCGAAAGAAAAGGAGGGGGUUAUUUCAGCUCAAGUCCAGGUGAUUUGACCUAAAAAGGAUAGAAAAUUAACAGUAGAAUCCAGUUCGAGGAUAACUUUUGACUUUGUGUUUUUUAGUAUUCAAAAGCAGUUAAAGGACACUUUCCCUUCUCCAUUAAAACCCAUGUAUCUAACAGAUUUCUGAAGUUGAAGUUCCUGUUUUUCUGUUUCUCAACUCUCUAAAUUCUCAUUAUCACAGGUGGUUUUUUUGUAGAACUGACUCUUCAGGAAACAAGGCAGCUUUGUUGUAAUAUUUGUGGGGUUUUUUUUCUAGUUGCUGGUUGUAGGACUUGAUUGAUAAAACCAGAGCGACUGGUUUCUGAACGUGUCGGUGGAGUGAAUGGAGAGAGUGUGUGUGUGGGUUUGUGAGCAGCAGUUGUAGCAUGACAGGUUUCAGUGGGAGGGUGAUGCAUGAAGCUGAACCCACAGUGUUGUAAUAUAUCACUACAACCUACAGCAUGGUAAAAAAAAAGAAAGAAAGAAGUUGUGGUUUCUUUACUUUUAUCUGCCCUUGUAGCUAAACUUCAGGAUUUAGGGGUGAAGUGACAGACAUGACGCCUUUAUUUUAGUGUUAAACUGAGUUGUGUGUCCCACUAACAUCAUGAUUGAACCUAAACUGGUUCGUCCACAUAGACUUAAGUGACCAUUAGUCAACAGCUAAAACCAUAGAUGAGUUUCUUGAAGUAAGCUGUCACCAGGUCUUUUUAUCUUGAGCGUCUCACCCAUGAGCGUAAGGAGAAGUUUUUAGUCUGUAUGAAACAGAUUCAAACUCUUGUUUAUGUCUUUUUAUUAGAGCUGCACCUAACGACUAUUUUAUAUAGAUUAAACAAACGGUUAUUUUUCCGAUUUGUCAACUUAUCUAUUGACUAAUUUAUCAAUUAUUUAGGACUUUUUUAGGACAAUUAUUUAGUUUUUUUUUUAUCACAUAUUAGCACUUUUUAAAAUCCCAUUUUAGUCAUUUUUUAAUUACAUUUUUGUCAUUUUUGUCACAUUCUAUAAUUUUUCAAUCACAUUUUAGUCCUUUGUAAAAUCACAUUUUAGUACUUUUUAUCAUAUUUUAGUACUUCUUGAUUUUUUUUUAUUUUAGUCCUUUUUUUCAAGUUUCAUCUUUGCUCUCUGAGGUGGGGAGAUCCUCUGGACAACAUUUUCCUGGUGAUUAGUUGACUUAGUUAUUUGGUAAUUUUUAAUGUCUUAAACAAGUGAGAUAGGGUAGAUGUUUGUUCUAUUUCUACUGAAGCAUGCAGGGGACAUGAUGAAUGCUUUGUCCAUAGGGGGCGCUAAAAUUGGUUAAAGUUCCUCACAGGAGCUUUAAGUUUCUUGGUUUGUACCGUAAAUGCUUGCGUUUCCUUUUUAACGUAUGAAAAACACAUUUGUUUGUUUUAAAAGACAUAACCAUUACAUUCACCGACUCCUUUAUGUUGGGAUAGAUGUUUAAAAAUAGGUCCAGUAGAGGGCACUCCACACUCCGUCUAAUUCCUGCCAAGCUCUCCUGUUAUCAUCUCCUGCCCCGGAGUUAACUUCAUAUAUAACAUAUGUUUAUAGUUUCUAAAUAACUCACUCGAUCAGUCUUUUAAGAUCUCUACUGUUUCCUGAAGUCGUUGUUUUCAGUUUCCACACAGGUUUUAAUUCAGUCCUGUUUUCCGUCUUAAAUGACUCUCACAGAUUUCAGACUCUGUGAAAUCUCUGUGUGUUUGGCUGAACACCUGCUCUACUGUACUUUUUGGCGCCUGUGAUAAAUGUGUCUGUACCGCUGCCACAAACAUGAUUAUCCAACAUUGUGCUUAAACUCAUUUGCUGUUGAGAACAAAAAGCAGCCGUGGUGGGACGGAGCUUAAAAAGCAGUAAUGAGGGUUUGUUUUACGUUUUCCUUCAGGAGGCAGCCUGCGGCAAAUCGCAAAACUCCCUUUUAACUUUAUUAUGAGCCAAUAAUGUUUACAGACUUUAAUGAGCAGAGUAGAUUAGAGUGGAGGAGACGCAUACAUGAGCCCAGCAGCCACAAUAUGCAGGUAUACUUGUUACUCUGAGCUUGGAUUUGUAGAGCAUUAUAGUGAAGUUAUUAAGGUUAAAACAGACUUUUUUUCACCACCUUCCUAACACUUUCCUAGAGCAUACUUUUUAUGUCUGUUUUUGCUUUGUUAUUAGCCAAAUAGUCACCUGAAUGAACCUAUAAAUGAGUAGAUUUGUGAUCAUAUAUUGGGGUUUAAAACUCUGACAGAUAAAGUUACAGCAGAUCAGUUUGCACAGGUAAUUGAACAUCACGUCUUCCUCAAACCUCAUCAGAUCACCAUCCAAGUGUGAAGUCAAAGAGUUAAGUGAUUUAUAAAUUAUUCUAUCGUUAUCUUUAAUACUCUGCUUUUAUGGCGUACUGGUAUUUGCCUGUUGGCAGAGACAGCAGCAGUUCCAGUAUGACGGUGAAAACAGGCUCCAGAGUGUCGCAGAUGCAGGCUGUCCAUAUUAUGUCUGCUCCCCAGCUUUGAUAGAAGCGGUAUCCUCAAAUGACCCUGAAUGCAGCAGUCUGAGUGCAGAGCUGAACUAAAGUGAACCUGAUGUUACUGUGUUGUCUGAUGUUUUAUCUUUUAUACAUGCAGUGCCUCCAGUGAUCCCUCCAGUCAUCUGACGGUAGUUCAAGCUCAGUAGCACGGCUCCUGCAGAGGACAGUCACAGAACAAAUACCUUUCCAAAAGUAAAGAUCGGUCCUUUAAAUGUUUGAAUAAUGCAGGAUAAACGUUGAACCAAGCCUGAAAUCCCAACUGUUUUUUAGUUUCUUUUUGUUCAAUCCAGGGUAGAAAAUUCACCGUGCAAGAUUUGUGCAUUAAAUUAAGCAGUCUAGAGCCUGCAAACCAAAUCCACAUGGACAUGAACUGCAUGGAAAAGCCAAACGUGUGCGGUCACAGUGGCAGAUUCCACUCACCUGUUAGCAAACACGCUGCUGUUUUUUUAAGCUGAUGUCCUUCUGUGUGAUUGAGUCCAGAGCUCUGCAGAGGAGACAGAGAAGCUUCCCUCCUCUGUUGCGUUUCUCUGCAGUGAGAGGCGAGCUCAGGGCACAUCUGCAGAAACGUGGAGAUGGCUGCAGAGACACAGAGUCUCCUUGAGUCUCCUCAUUAUGAUCCCCAGGAGCAGAACUGGAGAAACUUAAAGCGCAGAGUCUGGUUUUAAGAGAUUGUCUGAGUGCAAAAGGUCCCAGGUUCAAGUCCUGAAUGUAGCAAAGGAGGAGGUUCAUACACACUUUACAACAGCUGUCUAUUUAAGCCAACCACAACUGUACAAACAAUGUGGAAAAUCUGCCUAUGUGGGCCGGCUGGAGAUCACGCAUGUUACACAUGCAUGAUCUCCAGCUUCCUGAAGAACCAGGUGAUCUGAAUCAGCCUGACGACCACGACCACACACCUGCAGAAAACAGGAUUUGAGACAAAAACAUGCAGAACAGUCACAAACACUUUUCACUGGAGUUAAUGCAGAAACAAGAAGUUCCAUCUUUUUCUGUUUCGCAUGCUCAGUUACUCAGUCACCACCUUUUGCCUCAGUGAGACAGAAAACAUCCAUGAGUCGUCUUCCUAUCCCUAAAGUCUUAAAAUGUGAUAUUCAUAGAAUGUGAUAAAAAUUACUAAAAUGUGAUAAAAAAGGACUAACAUUUGAUUUUAAAAAGACAUAAAAUGUGAUUAAAAAGUCAUAGAAUAUCAUAAAAAUUACUAAAGUGUGAUAAAAUGGACAUUAAUGUGUUAAAAAGUCAUGAAAUGUGAUAAAGUCAUAGAAUGUGAUAAAAAUGACUAAAAUGUGGUUUAAAAAAAGUUGUAAAUUGUGGCAAAAAAAUUACUAAAAUAAGAUUAAAAAAAAUUUAUGAAAAUGUGACAAAAAGUAUAACUGUGAUUUUAAAAAAGCACUGCAGACUCCACCAAUCAUAACUUUAGUAAGAACUGGAUGUUCACCUGGAAACAGGAUGGUGGUGCUAGCUCUGCUAGUGUUAGCUGCAAACUGAUUCGACACACCUGGAACCAGCUUCAGUAAAGUCUUACUUUAGCUUUAAAGCUUCACACUGAACCCUCUGCUUUUAUAACAUUUUUUAAACGACUUCUGCCUUUGAUUUAUUGCUGACAUAAGGGCAGCAACUAUACGUCACAUAUUGUGUCUUUAAAUGGAAAUAGAUGAAGUUGCCAACAUUUUUCAGUGUUCAAGUACCUGAUAGAUUUAAGAAAACUUUUACUUUCUCCCUCUUUGCUUAUUUUAUCUAUUCUUCUGUCUAUCUUUCUAGCCUAUGCAUCCAAAGUUUAACUUUCCUUUUUUUAUGACAGUAAAUGAAACAUGUUUGAGUUUGUUGUGCCUGUUUUCAUACUAAAUAAUCAGUCAGUUUAAAAUACAGUUAAAUAGAAAGGAUUAUUUGUCUCGCCAUUGUUCGAAUGUUGAGCUUCCUAAUAGUUGAAAAGCAGAUGUUUGGGUUUGUCUGUCUCGCUCCACAGUUCCUGAUCAUUAGGGUUGAUUAAUCCAAGCUCAGAAAGUUUGUGAUCUUUAGAUGUUCCUUGGGAAAUCUAAAACAAGCGGAGGAAACACUCUCGAGUUAUCUUUAGCUGACAUGACCUGGAAUCAACCCCCUCCGCUGUCGCCACCGCACAUAAAACAUUACAUCACAGAGGAGCUGUGGCGUCAUGUGAUGAUAACAUCUGUGUGUGUGACGGCUCAGUGACAGGCAGCAGUACAGUGUGUGUGUGUGUGUGUGUGUGUGCGUCCUCAGCCGCCCCUCUCCACAUCUCAUCCCUGUUGUCUAACUGGGCUAAUUUCACGGUCUGAGGAGCAGACAGAGGCGGGCUGGCAGAGUCACCGCUGUCACCGGAGACGUUAAAGGCUGUGUUUCUUUAAAUGUGUGUGUGUGCGGGAGUGUUUGGAGGAGGAGGUUAAAAUGAUGGUGGGAGCUCGCCUGGCGUUCCCUCUCUCAUCGUGACUGGAGCAGUUGGACUCCUACAAUUACACCAUGAAUCACACUAAGUGAUGCGAAGAGGACCAGUCACUGCUGCCUCCGUGGAGGGGAACUACAACUUUUAGAGACACUGUUCAGGAUUUAAGUGGAGCUGUUAAGAGGCGAUACACUCUUUACUUUGAUCUCUCUUGUCAGACGCCUGUCGCUGCCGCAUUUGGCCUGUCAAUCAAACAGAGCUGCAGCGAAGUGAAGCGUUUUCACCGUAUUUUUAAAGGUUGGAGAGUGAAGCCAGAUUUAGACACUUCAGCUGUGGAAACAUGUUCAUUCAGGCUCUCAUGAACAGAGAAUAACCAUCUAGGAAAAAUGGAAACAUGCUGAAACAGUCUGCCUGGAUCAUCUUCACUUUAAACUGAGUUUCCCCCUUUUUUUAAGAACUUUUAUGCAAAUUUUGGCAAAAGUAGAAAACAGAAUAUUGGGACUUUUUAGCCCCUUUUACAUUACCCGUUUAAGACGGACUGUUACACCUCAUUUUAAAUUGCCUUCAAUGUAAAUAUCACAAAUCUUUUGCUCUUUUGUUACUCUAAUAGCUGAAAGUCAUAUGCUGGAAUGAGGCUUGAACCACCAAUAUGAGACUCCUGAUGGUUUAAUUUGCAAUUUCCUCUCUUCAACGUUUUAUUUCGUAACUCCUGCCAAUUAAUACUAUUUUAUUUUCAGACAAAAUUCAGGAUAUUUUGAGCAUCAAUCCACAGGGAUGGUUUACUAAAAAAAUAGUUUUUUAACUGUGACUAUUUCAAACUACAGCUUUGUCCGCCCAUGCCUCUCAGGGAAAACUAUAUUUUGCUUCUGUGUGUAAAAAUGUAAAAUGAACAGAAGCGUAGAGACGGCAGAGAUUUAUCUGUUUUGAAUUUUUCUGAUGUUAUCUCAUCUUCUUAUAGGGAUUUUUUCGUUGUCCUCUGAUGCUUUUUUUCUUGUUUGAUCUGUUUUCUGCUGUGAUUUAUGAUUUGUUGCCUCGUCGCACACUGAAGAUCUGUUUUAUCACUUUGAUUCUGAAUAUCAGCGUUUAUCCUUGUCCAGUUAUUACAUCGCAUUUUGUUGUUGUUGUGUUUUUGAAUUGUCCAGACUACGGCCUGUCUGGUCUGACUGAUCAAUGUUGACUCUGUUAUCUUUGUCAAAACAUCGUGCAGACAUUUGGUUUGAUUCCUUUUUGAUUCGUAAAAGCAUGAAACGACUUCACUUCUAUAAGCAUCAAAUAAUAUGGAACAGGAAGUGUCAACACGUACAGCUGACCUUUCCUCCUGAUCCACUCAUAGUCCGGCUCCUCCCUCACAGCGGUUUCAGGCUUCAAGAAAUUACAACAUAAUCUCGAAUGAUUCACCGGUUUUACAUUUCUGACAGUGAGAUUUUAGAGCAAAUCCCUUAAAGAAGCUCUCCUCUGUCUCUGUUUCAGGCUCCGAUGAGCGGCUCUUCAUGAUGAGGAGCUAACACUGUCGGCCACACAACCGCAGAAGAGACGUGGCUGCUGCACCCUCCACAGUCGACGCAUGGCGGUUUUAGGGGUAAGAGGAACAGCACUGGAGGGUCUUAUUCUUCUCGGGGGGGAUCCUGAUCGGUUUUCACAGAAAGAUACCUAAUGAGAAGUAUCUCCCAGUUCCUGAAAAGCCAACAGUUGACUAGCAUCCAAACACGCUCACUCUCUCAGACCUCAGCGAGGGUUUUUAGAUCAGCCUGAAAAUGAUGGAUGUCGGCUUCCAUGGUGUCCAGUUCAACAGACACAACCAGCUAUUAGCGGCUGUAGUCGUGAGCGGUUUGUUGGCUGUCAUUUCAGAUCUGAUGACUUGGCAGUAACUGUCUGCUGUAGUAGCCUGGAGAGUUGUUAGACUACUCAGUCAGUUAUUUAUUUUCACUCCUGGACCACAAGCGGAGCAGCAGUUUGAGGAGUUGAGAAGAUUUCCUCAUGAUUGAAACAGAAGUUUGAUUAAAAAGCCGAUAAAGUGAUUUAAAGGUAAGAAAACACUUUAAUUUGACACGGCUAACAAGAGGAUCAGCUGGUAAACAGUGUCAAACUGGUUUUCUGAAUAACAGAGUUAACACCACCGACCUUUUAUCCUUCAUCCAGGUAAACAAAUCCGUGCUGAUUAAACAUCUCUCCACAGUCGUAGAAAUAUUAAAUAUUUGUUGAACAAUUUAACGAUCCUUGCACCACUGAAAGGGCGGAGAUAGUUAACUAGUAAAUCGACUAAAUGCCCACACUUUUAAUACUCUGUGUCCUUGCCAUUUGAGGUCAAAAUAAGAGACAGAAAGAGCUCCGGUAAAUCAGUUCAGCUGUAACAGACAGUAUUUUAACUUUUGUUUUUAAAGGGAAACUCUUUGUUUUUUUAAAAAGCCUCUAAUCGUCCUUGUUGGGAAACUCUGGUGGUUGUGUGGUUUGGCAGAGUUCAUUUAAGCCCCUUAAUAUGUAGAAACAGGGCACAAACCUAUUGUUACAGUAAGCUGGUUUGUAAGCUGUAUAGUUGGCAGACUGAGUGCGAGUCGGUUUCAAUAUUGCAUCAUUAAAUCUUUAAUUGGGUGAAAGGUAAUUAUUUUGAGUAAGAACAUUCCCAGUAAGAGCCACACUCAGUAACAUCGCUCCUCUAAAAACCUGAUCAACAGCUGAUCUGAAAGACGCAGAAGACAGAAGCUGUCAGAUUCAGAGCAGUUAGAUUCGACAAAAACAUGAAAAUAAAGCGAACGCAUAUUCUGACAUGAAGAUAGUCUUUAAAGUUUAAAGAAGUCAGAGAGAGCUGAAGGAGCCGAGGCUGACAGCUGAGCGGUCUCCUCAGGGCGUCUCUCUGUGCUCGGCUCAUACCAGAGGGCUGUCUGCUUUCAUCAGGAGAAAACCUCUUUAUAAAAUCGCUGCACAGACGCUUUCUUUGAGCGGCUCGUGAUGUUAGAAGUUAUUCCUGCCCGAGAUGAGCAGAUAUUCAGUCUAAUGGAAAAAUCUGUCAGUUAGCAGAGCGGCAUGAGAAAACUUGGCUUUACCAUCAACGAUUGACCUCCCUGUGAAAUAUUUACAGGAAUCAUGAAUUAUCUCAGGGUAUAAAUUCUGUAUCAGGUUCAUUGAUUUAUAUUUGUCAGUAUUUCCUCUCUAUGAUCACUUUAUGACACUUGACAUGGAGUCAUCCUGAGGUCAGCUGGUGUAGAAUAAGGUCGCUUUAAACUUAUUUACUAUUGACUAUAAUACAUGGAUGAUAACUACUCCACAAGCUGCUCACCCCCUCCCACAUUAACUUCGUCUACUUGUACCGCUACAACUUUUGAACCGUCCUCCAUCUCCUCACCUGUCUGUCCCUCUUUGUUACGUACUGGAUGGGAUGGAGUCACGUGGAGUCAGUUCGCCGUACGCCAAUUCCUACGGGAUCUGUUUGUGAUGCGAAUUUCGUGGUGGAUUACGGACAGCAGGAAUUGCGAGAACUCAUAAGAAUAUAUAUAUAUAUGUAUAUAGAAUGGACGCCGUCUGCCUCCGAGAACAGCCCCCUCUGGUGACGGGCUGCAGUAUAGGUCAUAAAUCCCACCUCUGCCAGCAAUUCCUAUGAAGCUGUGGACAAACUUUAGAAAUUAAUUAUUAAGAAUAUAGAUGUUUCUCCCCCCAGGUUGUAAUGUUGACAUGUAGUUACUGUAAGACUGGUUUGUGCUCAAGUCCUCUUUUUUUCUGUGCAGCUCCGUUUUUAAAAUUUAUUAGGGGGGCUUAAUCACAGCGACUCUUCUGCUGAGUGCACACAACACUUCUGCACAGGAAGUGGAGAAAAAAUGUGGAAUUUCAGAGAGCUUUUCAGCUUCAAAUCCGUAUACUAGUGGAAGGAGUCUCCUGCUGCAAGACGUUAUCACUGUUUAUGUAGCGACAGUAAUUUGCUCAUUUUCAGUGCAAAUAAAGAGAAAAAAGGUGCGUGUCGUCUUUGGUCUGAGUGCCUUAAAACGUUUCAUGGUCUCGACCACAAGCUCCUGUUUUCCCUGUUUUCACUAUUUAGCAAUAGCCUAUCUUCACACAGACGGGCUCAUUCGGGUGACAGGGAGACAUCAGCAGAAAUUAGAUAUUUUUUCAAAUCCAGUCAAAAGUUCCGUACAGGAAGUUUAACCUGCAGUCGUGUAAUUGAGGAAAACAGACACAUGCAGAUACAGCAGCAGCUGCAGAACGAUCUGCCCUGAAUCACAGCGCUGCACAGAGGUGGCACAGAUGCCAGAAAUAGUUUCACCUACAGUUGAGAGUGUUUGCAUUUACAAAGUCGCUCUGCCCCUGCUCUGACUUCUCCUCUCACACAGGGUUUAGGUGCUGCAGUUUGGACUCUGUGGGGGUUUCUGAUCUGCAGGUGGAUAUCUCUGAGGCUGUCAGACACUUUGGUUUCACUUGUUUUUAGAAGCAGGAAGGUUUUAUCUGAAUGGCGUUCGUCUCAGCUGGAUAUAAGACUUUAUUUUUUUAUCGUGUCGCUACAGAACCUGGUCUGCACACAUUUCUUUCAUACAUCCGUGUUUCACUCCCGUCUCUUUGCCUCUCUCUUUCUCUCUGUGUGUUUUAAGAAUCAUCCCUGUUGUUAUGCAACUUCACCCUGAAGCCAUUUGACUCUGAUUGUAGAGCAGCACUGUGCGAGUAAGCAGGAAGUGGGACAUGGUGUUGCCCGCUGACUGGGAGGACGGAUUAGCGGACGAGGGGAUUAAAACUAAAACAUCUCGGUGAAGGGAAUCCCCUGGUGCCUCUGUGCUUUUUAAUAAAAGAAGGAACUGAGACUGGACAGAGUUUCCCUUCAUAAAUACCAGAGGAAAUAUGACGAAAAAACAGGAUACUUAUUCAUCAAGUUUAUGCUGAUAUAUCAGAGCCUAAAUGACACCAGUUUUAUGGUCUUUUAUGAUCUAUUAGUGGACGGUUUAAUCAUCACAUUACGCUCCUGGUGUGACUGAAAAGAAGGAGUCAUGCGGAGAAGUGAAACCUCACAAAAAAACUCUGUUUUAGUUUUCACUUCUGUGAGGAGUUUUAAACUGGUUGUAAAAAAGUCUGAAUCAAAUGUUGAUGUUUCUUCAUGACUAAUAAAACAAAUGAGACCAGCACAGAGGAGAAAAAAAGUCACUUGAUUUCUAUUCCUGUCACACUUGCUGCAGGGCUGGGCUCCCCGGUUAUAUUUCACCAAAGCUGAAGGGCACCGGCCGCUCCGCUGUUGUCAUAUUUGUUUCUUUAACAGCCAUAAAAAAUAUUCACUAUUAAAAUUAGAGUUAAAGGUCAUAAUGGUAGAAGUAGUGGGGAUUAUGGGUGCUGCAAAAAAAGGUGCGAACGAGCCCAGAAUGCACUCAUUUAAAGUCAAGACUGGUCUAGGACGAGCAAGGAUCAUAAAUAAUAUCACAGAGGUGAGUCCGGGUCAGAAACUGCUUCUCCUGGGUGGGACUUGACCUGUGGGACAGUCAGUCAACAUCCUGGACGUGUAUCUGCUUCACUUACAAACAGGCGGUUCAGUAUGAGCUCAGUUUAAGGAGUCUUGUUGUCUUGGGUCACUCGUAUGUUCUGGAUUUGAUGGUGAUGGUUUUCUUUUUUUCUCCUACAGAACCCCGACAUGCUGACGAGGAAGAUAAAGCUGUGUCACAUCAACGCCCACAUCACAUGUCGUCUGUGUGAGGGCUACCUGAUCGACGCCACCACCGUCACCGAGUGCUUACACACAUGUAGGUCCCUCCUCCUCCCUUCUUUCCUCAUUACUCACUCCGGCUCAUCCUCGUCCCUGCCGGCUCUCCUGUUGUUCCGUCUUUAUUCUGUGUUUAUUUGAUACGAUGUCUGAGUUUGGCUCCAGGGGGAUUUCCUGGCUCAGAAGGUGCUGCCUUUAGGACUUAUCCCUGAUGGGUAGGAUCCUGGAGGCAGAGCGAUGCCUCUGUGAUCCAUGCAGCUCUGUCUCUAUUGAUGAUCUGACUCACAGCGCUGCCUUUCGUCUCCAUCAUCACCAACAGCUAUGAAGCUCCUGGUGUGUCUCAGGGAUAUUCAAUCACCAUAACUCUGUGUUUCCCCUUCACAUCUAUUUAUCUGUAGCACUUUCCCUCCUAAAACAAACCUCUUUUAUUGUUUAUAUCAAUGUCAUCUUUUAAAAAAAGGUGAAUCAGUAUCUUUAAACCUGAAAUGAACACACACAGCAGCUGAAAUGAGAUUCCUGUCAGCUCCGGGUAAUCCGCACAUUUAUUAGAAGGUGAGACGAUGUCGCCUCUCAUCCACGCAGUGCUUCAUCAUUAGCCAGGAGUUUGCAUAAAGAAGGAUAACAAAGUCUGGAUCCUCAGCGACAGUCAUUAUAUUGUCUGAGCAAAGACUCGUACGUCAUUCUGCAGGCGCGCAGAAAAAUUCAUCAAAGAACGACCGAGAGAAGAGAAGGUCACGGUUUCAUCCUGAAAUAACUUCACGUUUUUAUGACUUUUUUUCAAAGAACUAGACGCACCCUCCGUGAGUCGAAGUCCAGUGUGACACCACCUUAAACUACGACCUCAAAAACAGUCCAGAUUAUCUGUUUGUUCUGUAGCAAGAGUGCAGGACAUCAUCGAUAAACUUGAAUUAACUUGUAAAGUAGCAGGAAAUACAAAAUUCUCUGUAAAACCCAAAAGAUCUGUGCUAGUUCUGUCUGAUGGUGCAGUGUGGAUAAGCAGACAUGCACAUGCAUCAAACCAGGUACACACUUAGAGGGGGACUGGGCCAAAUGUGGGCCUGAUACCCCCUUCUGAUUUUUUAAGGGUUUGGAAGAUGAUCUUGCAGGUUCUUCUUGGUGUGACGUUUAUAAAGAGUGAUUACCUCCUAAUCCAAGACCACGUUGAAAAUCCAGACCUGACAUUCAGGGGUGUCCUUAGAUAUUAAUAUCCGAUAUCAGUCCAAUAUCAGCAAAAAUGCAAAUAUCGGAUUAUAUUGGACCGCAACUAAAAUCUCCAAUAUCAGCACUCUGAUACAAGCAGUCCGUUCCAGACUCCGCUCCAGCAACUCUAUCUAGUAGCACCCAGAUCCGGCAUGUAGAGCGCACAAAAUCAGAACGUCAGUGUGUACUAAGGUACUAACACAGUACCAAGGAGUAGGAGUGAUGCCGGCACUGUGGCAGUAUUUUUCAUUAAAGUCCGAAAAAGACGUUGCAGCUGAAGGCUACGAUAUUGGUGUUGGAGGUAAAAAAGUUGUAUCGGGAAACCCCUGCCAACAUUGAAUACGUUCAAUAUUGAAGCUUCAUGAUCCACGCUGGUUGAUCCCUUUAAAAUGACUGAUUAGGGCCCGAGCGUAGCUGCUAAGCAGCUGCGAGAGCCCUAUUAUUCCCCAAGGGGUUUUUCUUUGUUUCUUUUUUCUUUUUCCUCCCCUUUGAACUGGAAAAUGGCCCACUUCCCACUGGCGAAAACUCAUGAAAUUUGGCAGGACGACCGGGCCUGGUGAAAAAUUUGAUAUUCCGAAGUCGCCCAAACAAGAAAAUGCAAAAUGGCUCCAUAGCGCCCCCUAAGGUGAAAAUUCACACUAUUGAGUGUCACGCCUGUACGCUUUGUCAAAAUGACACAAAAUUUGACACACACAUGUAUCUCAAUAAGAUCUACAAAAAAGUCAGUGCGGGCGUAUCUGUCAAAUUUACGGUUAAAGGGUUAUUUCGCAUUUUUUGCCGAUCCGCACACAUUGGAAUUUCGCUAACUCCUUUGAAGGCUUUCGUUCCACCGGCACCACAUUUGCUCAGGCCAAUCUACACCCCAUGGCCAUUAAAAGUUAUUCAAAUCAUGACGCUGCACCCCACGGUUUAGGUUCUAGGGGGCGCCAAAGAUAACCCUAAAAUCCACAUAUUUAAAAGUCUUAUAACUUUCUAUUUUUGCCCUCACUGGCCUCCAAGUUUUCUAGGAUGAUGCAAUGUCCAGCCAUCAACACAUUUGUGAAGGAAUUUUUACUCCCCAAAAGAGCGCCCCCCAUGGCAGGAGAAAAAAGUCCAUUUUUUCUUGUCCCCUAAGGUGAAAAUACACAUUGUUGAGUGUCACGCCUGUACGCUUUGUCAAAAUGACACAAAAAUUGACACACACAUGUAUCUCAAUAAGAUCUACAAAAAAGUCCAUGCGCGCGUAUCUGUCAAAUGUACGGUUAAAGGGUUAUUCCGCAUUUUUUGCCGAUUCGCACACAUUGGAAUUUCGCUAACUCCUCCGAAGGCUUUCGUUCCACCGGCACCACAUUUGCUCAGGCCAAUCUACACCCCAUGGCCAUUAAAAGUUAUUCAAAUCAUGACGCUGCACCCCACGGUUUACGUUCUAGGGGGCGCCAAAGAUAACCCAAAAAUCCACAUUUUUAAAAGUCUUAUAACUUUUUAUUUUUGUCCUCACUGGCCUCCAAGUUUUCUAGGAUGAUGCAAUGUCCAGCCAUCAACACAUUUGUGAAGGAAUUUUUACUCCCUAAAAGAGCGCCCCCCCAUGGCAGGAGAAAAAAGUCCAUUUUUUCUUGUCCCCUAAGGUGAAAAUACACAUUGUUGACUGUCACGCCUCUGUACGCUUUGGCAAAAUGACACAAAAAUUGACAAUCAUGUGUAUCUCAAUUAGAUCUACGAAAAAGUCAAAGAGCGCGUAUCUGUAUAAUGUACGGUAAAAGGGCUAUUUUGCAUUUUUUGCCGAUUCGCACACAUUGGAAUUUCGCUAACUCCUCCUAAGGCUUUCGUCCCACUGACACCAAAUUUGCUCAGGCCAAUCUACACUCCAUGGCCAUUCAAAGUUGUAAAAAUCAUGACGCGGCACCCCACGGUUUACGUUUUAGGGGGCGCCAAAGAUGACCCAAAUAUACAUUACAGUAGACAAAGUAGUUUUGCCCACUGAGUGGCGCCAAAGGGACUUGUCUGUGGAGUCUGUGAGUCACUAUUGGCCGUUUUUGACUACUUUAGAUUUUACCUUUAUAUUUCCUCUUACAAAAUUUUUACCUUGCCUUGCCUGGUAUCAUUUUUUUCAGCACAACCUCACCUGUGUCAAUUUACAGUUAUUUUAUCAUUUUGACAUACUAUAUUUACACAUUGGACCCAAAUUCACACACAAAACAUAAAAUCCGAGUGGAAAAAAGUAACGUUUUUACUGUGAAAACCACAAAUAUGUGUGAUGAACUGUUUUUAAAACUUAAACUUCAAAUAAAAAUUGUAAACUUCAAAACAUAUGCAAAUUUUUAACAAAGAACAUAGUAAUUUACCUCUAUUUACAUCAAAAUGCAGGCAAUGGCCCAGGUGUUCUUUGUAAAAUUAUUUACAAAACACUGUAUAGUCUCACAAAUGUCACUUUUUAUUUAUGCCACUACAAAAAAACAUGAUGUAAAUGAUGCAUGAUGUAAAACAUGAUGUAAAAAACUUGUGUAGAUCCUCCUCUAUGUUAGUCCAUGUGUAAUUUUUCCAUAAUUCUUUGUUUUUUGCAGCAUUUUUGUUAGUGUAACUGCAGAUUGUGCUGACAGUGUCUAUGGCAAAAAAAAAAAAAAAACUGAAAAUGCCUCAACAUGAACCCCUGGUGGUCUCUGAGGGUGAAACCUGCUAACUGCUGCAGCUCUGUCAGCUUCAGUCUCCCAUGCAGAGCUCGGAGCGCAUGUGUGGCUCUGCACCCUUAGCAGCGUUGCUAACUCCUCAGUAAGGAAAGCCUGCUUCAUGUCAGAGUCUCUAAACUCCAGAAGAAGUCGAUAAAAGUCACUUUCUUUCUAAAAAAAAAGUCGUUAGGGGGUCUGAAAAGUCAUUGAAUCUAACAACAAAGUCGCUAGGUUUGCAACUACGUGUCCCAGACUGCAUCCCUGCUGAGAGUCCCUCCCUCCCUUCUCAUAUUGCAGGAAGAACGUAAGCGCCCGCCCCUUGUCAAUCAGUCACCAUAUAAUUUUGGAUUGGUUGUUGUGGUGAAGUUUUCCACCAAUAGGAGAGAUGUUGUGGUGUGUUUUUUUUUUCCUUUGGCAAGCCUUUUCCGCCUGUAAGACCUGUCGCUAAUGUCUGCAUGCUAUGUUUUCCUGUCUCAUACAGCGCGAUCGAGCGCCGAACGUGAUCAAAAUAAGCAGAAAACAAGUAUCGCGGACAUAAUUUAUCAUAACUCUGGUUUUAUUUGGCCUAUCAACACAAUUUAAAAACUGGUAUAUAGGUUGAGGUCCUCACUUUUGAGAUAAGUUGAAACGAAGUCAACGAGGCUCCGUCUUGCAGCUACAUCCGGUUAAAUAUGUCAUGUGACUUGAACGCACACACACACACACACACACACACACACACACACACAGACACACACACACAGGCACACACACACACUCAGAGUCUGGUUUUUAGCACCUGCAAAAACAUGCUAUUUACAUAUUUGACAAGAAUGCAGAGGCUCCUUUUGCCCCUGAAAAAAAUCAAAUUUCAAACACAACUUGACUGGUCAUUUCUCCAAAAGACAACCAUGAAGCUCCAUCCAAACCUGAAGCAGGCAUAUGGUGCAUGUGUACAGUAACCUGAGGGGAGUGAGGUGACUGCUUCUGAGGAGAACAUGAGCAGUGAAGAUUCACCUUAGAGCUAGAACAGAGACGUGCACAUGAUUAUACAGGGGCAGGGGCUCAAGUUUUUUCCAGUUGUUUAUACAAUAUGGAAAUUAAUGUGAAAUUAAAAAACAAAGUAUUAAUAGAAAGGUAAUGACUGUCCUGAGUAGGUGACAGUGAUAUCCAAUAGGCUAGGCACUCAAGAGGCUGGCUGUGGCAAGUGUAAGUGAAAGCAACACGCACUGGCAGGAAGAACAGCAAACGCCGAUGAAGGAAAAGGGUCUUUGCAGUGAUGGGCGUUACCAGAGAGGGCGAUGGCCAGAGGACACAAAUGGGACGGGGAGGCAGCGCGUUGGGGGGGGGACGCGACACAGCUCGGGCCCGCCAGUGCCCCAACGGGGUCCUAGUUUUCUAUGUUUCCUUUUGUUGUCUUUUUUACACUUUAAUACCCCAUCAACUUAGAUUAUUUUUAUCAUAUUAAUAUUAUUUUAGCUUGGAAUAAAAAGAAAACCAAUUAGGUAGCAGGCUGACUGACAAAGGUGCACAACAUGCGCUGCCAUGGCAACAAUGGUGAAUGUAAAGCAUAUAUAAAGAUGUCAGAAAUUGAGGAUCCACUUGUUGCAGUUUGUCAGUUUACCCCAGAGCGUUUGGAUUGGAUAGCAUCAGGCUGUUUGUGUCAGCUUCACGCUGAUUUAAAAUUGAUGACAUGGAGUCAGAAAUUAUGAAACGUUUUCUGAAAGUGGUGCUGAAGAUAAUGGAGCUGCUGGUGUUUGUUUGCUGUUUGAAAAUCAAACUCUCUCCUGAGAGGACAUAAAACUCUGCUUCAGUUUCAGCAAGUAAAAAGACUCCUGAUAAAAGUCCACGUGGGCCUGUUUUCAUCUUUAGUUAAUGAAAUAAUCUAUGAACAUUAACUGGAAAAUAAAAAAACAAUAAAAUGUUUUUUAAUUGUUUUUUUAAGUCAUCAGUUUUAAUUAGAAAUUAAGUGAUUGAAGCCUGUUUAGCUGUUUCUAAAGUCAUUCUGUGUUUUCAUAAACAUAAUUAAAGAUGAAAAAAUUAACUUUAAUAUUUGAUUGUUAUUUGGGAACUGAUCAGCGUUUUGUAAAGGCAGGAAAUAAAGAAGAGGGCGUAGAUUAGACACACCAAACUUUUUUCUGAGGAACUGAAACUUGAACCACAAAAACUGUCGUGGUGAAACUCAGGUUUUCUUAACCCACGAGAACCCACCAUGACCUUAGUCUGGUUCUGGGUUCUGUUGAGAAGUACCUCUGCAGAUGCAUCUUUCUGCAUCUAAAGGCCUGAGGAGUCUGUUAAUCGAAAUGUCACCUCAGUUUAAACCAUUUCUGUCCUAAUGGUCAUGGCGUUGAUAAAAACCAUUUUUAGAUUUGGGGCUCUUAAAUUCUUUUAACCGUUCAGAGAAAACAACCUGUUCAGGGUUACUAAAGUCAAUGUCAUUUAUAACUAGUUAUUAAUUUAUAUUACACAAAUCCAGACAGUGUAAUGACACGUCUGUCCACCAGAGGGCGAUGUUACCCUGCUGAUGAGAGCUCUCCUGUCUGUCUAGUCCAGGUGCUCUGAUUCCUCCCCUGACUUAAAAAAAACAACAACACCGGCUCCACUGUGGGUGAACUGAGACAAAGAAGAGAUUCUCAUCACGUCACCAAUGCAGCUGCUCAGUCAGACAGGCUGUGCUGCAGAAAAAAACAAAAGAGACGGCAAUAAACAAACGUCCGGAGUAUGAAUUUAAUGGAAGCUGGUGAGCCGUUUAUCAGGGUACACUGUGUCCUGCAUUAUUCAUCAAAGUGUUUUACAAGGUAAAAGGUUUCAUGAGGUAAAACGUCGAGAUAUUGAUGUCCAAACUUUACCGAACAUAUGAAUAUAUUCAUCAGGAUAACCUUUAACAACCAUGUGCUGCUUAGUUUGAUCUCUAUAUUAUUUUUAAAAUCAGUUUUUGAUCUAAAGAUGAUCAAUUCGCUUUACAAAAUCGAGCCUGUGCAGGAAGAGCCUCUACAAACAGACGUGUCCAGGAAAUGGAUUACAGGUGUCGUAUCGUCAGAAGAGUCUCACCUGGGUUUGCAUCUCAGGAAAAUUACAGAGGCACAGAAUCUAAGCAGAGUCAACGCAGUCUGAAGACCACCAGGAGAUUUUUGGGACCUUCAUGCAUCCAUCUGCGAAAAUGCUUUUUUAAGAUACAGAUUUCUUUUUCUGUCAGGACCUGGCUCCUGCCCACAGCGUCAAAACUACCGUAAACGGGUUUACUGACCGUGACAGUACUCUGCAUGAUUUACCAGCCAACUGAACCGGACCUGAACCCCACAGAGACUUUGUUUAAGUUUGAUACUCCUCUUGACAAAUGUCUCACAGGGAUCUAAUUUCACUGCCGUUGAAAAUACACAAUCAUUCUAAUCCCUCUGAUAUAUUUAUAGGAAAUUGGAAACAAUAUUUAAUGUUUAAUUUAACAGUUGGCAGUGUAAAAACGAAUCUGUCUGCGCUCUCAAGUGGACAAACUGAGUAUUAUUUGUGACUGUUUCUUAAUAACUGUGAUAAUCCCUUCUGAAGUGACUUGUGUCUUUUCAGCUGACUGAUAAACUCUUGAUAUUUGCAGCAGUGUGGUCUGAACAGUUCCAAUAAAGAUGAAACUCCCUUCAUUCAAACCCGUCUGAGCACAUUUUAAAUGUUCUGUAUUAUCAGCGUUGGGCUCUCCGUCUGUUGAUAAAUCUGUCACCUGGAGAGUAACCUCCUCUCUCUGUGUGUCUCUAGUCUGUAGGAGCUGCCUAGUGAAGUAUCUGGAGGAAAACAACACGUGCCCCACGUGUAGGAUUGUUAUUCAUCAGAGCCAUCCACUGCAGUAUAUCGGGUAAGUGAGGGAGCUGCAGUAGAUCACACACACACACACCCUCGCACUCUUGUUUGUCAGAGGUCCAUCAGUGUGCAGGGAGCUGCCGGCUGCCUCUGAGAGCUUCAGCAGAGCUCUGACAGUGAAGAAGAAGAAAGUCUCCAGGAAGAAAGAGCUGCUGGCCUUUGUGCUUUUUAUCUCUGCUCCUCUGAAGAAAGGGGGAAAAAAAACUCAAAACAUCUACGGAGAGUGUUUUUCUUAGAAAUACUUAAAAUUAUCCCUGAAAAUUACGAAUAAAUCUUUAAUGAAUGAUCAGUAUCUGCUCUCCCUGCUUUGGCUGCUCAUGUUUGCUCUGUAAACAAAGGAAGGGGGGUGUGCUCUCCCUGCCUCCGUCUUUCGAUUUGGUUUAGGGAGGUUUGUCUUCACUGAUAGUACAUUGCACAUCACAGACACUACAUACACAUCAACAAUAAAUGACGUACAUAACAACAAUGAGGACAGACAGAUCAGCGGGGCAUGCUGUACAGCGUGGCUUUGACUGCAGUCCUCCUGAACUUGAUGGUUCUGUACCUGCGCCCUGAGGGUAGUGGGAUGUUAGAUUUUGCGUCCACACACACUCAUGGACGGGCGGGGAGUUCUCAGAACUUUGGAUUUGGACCAAAGUAGUGUAGACUGAGCAGAGAGGAGAUGGGAUAAAAGACUGCUGAAUCAACUGGUGUGAAGGUUAUUAAAGUAGGAAAUACACUGCUACCCUGUGGACCAAUCACAGGCUUCUAUUAGCAAACAGUAACAUGUCUGUGGAGGAGUACACUGAGCUAAGUACUGAUGUGUGUGCGGUGUAUGCUAGUAACCGAUAAGGUCUUCAUUUAUAAAUAUAAAGGGUUUAGUGUCCUUGUCUCUUGCCCUCUGGGAGCCUCUGAAGGGGGGGGGGGGGCCCUAGAUGUAAUCUGAUUGUAUAAAUAUGUGCAGUUUUACACCUUUGAAAAAAAUGCAGUUUAUAUUUAUUUAUUCAAUUCACCAGGAGAGUGAAGCGAGAUGAAAACCACCUGAAUAUGAAUCUGGUUCUUAUCAAAUCUCUCCAGCUGUUGAAAGUAUCAAACUUUAAGAACUCGAAUAUUUUCUCUAAAUGAAGUGAAGAGAUUUCACGCUCGCUUUCUCACUUCUUUAACAGAAAAUACAAAGUGCUGCAGGUGGGUAAAGAUAAUCCGCUGAAAGUCAAAGUCCAGAGAAGAUCAUAUUGGAGGGAAUAAAUAACUGAAAAGUCUAAGACCACUGACAGCUCCCAGUGACAAAGUGCUCUUGUCUGGAAUUAAAAGUAUUCAGAGAGCCGCUGUGAUGAAGUGACUUCCUUGUCAGUGAAGAUGAAGAGUGUUUGUUUGUUUUUUGAGUGAAGUCUGCUUCUUAUUGUUUCAGGAAGUUCACUCUGCCAGAGGAGUCUUUUGUUGUUCCUCCUCCCCUUGGCGCGCUCAUGCAUUAAUGUCUGAUUAAUGCGACGCACAAACUUAAUGUGUACCAGCAAUUUAGUCAUUACCGUCUAAACUGCGCUGUCUGCACACUCAUUGUUUUUCAGCAAAGGCUCCAUUUCAAACACAUUAGCUCCUCGCAGCAGCUGCUUUUUGCCUCAUUGUUGGCAGGAAAUUGGAGCUGAUGGAAACAUCACAGCUGAUUUGGAGGGAAAACAACCAACAGAUGACGGAUAAACUUGUCAGGACGAUUGAUCAAAGUUGAUGUUUGAGAUUGAACUCCAAUCACACUCAGACGUCUCCUCACAGAGAAUUAGCUGAGCAGAACUAAUCGAGUCUCUUGUAACGAUGAGUUUGGAUUUCCUUGAUGGAUUUAAUACAAUUUUUAAAUCAGGAGCUCUCUGGUUAUGACAAAGAAACAGCACAACAUCAUCCUGAACACAAGAGUGCACACAAAGUUCAGGAGGUUCAGCAUUUACGGUUAGUAAAGAAAGUACCCACAGAGCAUAGACUCACAAAUCAAGAAUAUUUUACACUGUCUUUAAAUGUUAAAACAUGUUUUUAUAAAUAUUUCUAAUCCCAGAUCAUUUCGUGCCCCCUGUGGAAAAAAACUACAUCUUAUUUGUGUGCAUACCUUGCGGUGAACGUGUAAAUCUCACCUUGAUUUUCUUACACAGUCAGACUCGUCUCGCACUUUGAAUGUUUUUAAUGAAAAAUACAGAAAACUGAUUUUUCUGCAGCAGUUUCAGGCAUUAAAAAUAUGACUGAUUUUGGCUUUUGUUGCUCAUAAAUAGGCAUCAUUGUUAGUUUAAAUCUGUUUUAUUAACCAGCUAACUCCUGCAGUAUUUAGAUCUGUAUUAUGAUGAGGGCAGUAGCCAACCAAAGAAAUUCGUGGUUGAUUAAAACCCUGAAAUUUAUUACCAAAAAUCAACUCGCGAAGCGCAGCUCGUUGGGGUGAAAAUAUACCGAUAUCAGCACAAGAAGGCAGUCAAACGCCACAAAAAUCGAAAUGCUCAAAAUAAAAAUAAACAUUGGCUUUCUGGCUUAUAAAAGUGUUUUUUUUUUUAUCAAUCAGGUGGGAAACAAGAAUUAUUUCAGCACUGUAUGGGAAGAAAAAUUAGAUAAAACAUCUUUUAUCUAUUAAAAACAUCAAUUAGUAUGAUCUUUACUGAUUAUCAUUAUAACUUUAGGUGUAAUAUAAGCUGAUAAGACAUGAAGUCUCCAGGUCACCCAAUCUUCUCACAGUUGGACUCUAAUCUGAAUCUAAAAGCCGUGUGGGUAAAAGAAAGAAGACAGCAGGUGUUCAUCUCUUCUUCUUCGGUGCCUCACAAGCUGUAAAGUCCAAUUUAAGGCUGACAAACUGGUUUCACUGGAUUGUGACCGGACUCCUCAGUGUCACAUUAGCUCUGAUAGCUCUGAAUAAUUCUGUUAUGGCCUCAUAUCUUUACUGUGAGAGUGCAGUACCGCCUCUCUCCAGCAGGGGGCAGUGUUUCGCCGCCCUGCGCAUUGAUUCCCAGCAGGUGAAGGCAAAAGUGCCACCAUAACACGACAACAAACUCAACGUGUCGUGACUGAUAACUGGCAGCUUCAGCUGGUUGACAAAACACAACCAUCAAGGUGAUGGCAGAGCUGCGGAGCACACACACACUCUGCACCUGUGACACCUGCACCACCACCGAACACUGAAAGACUGUUUAACACUCGGGCUGACGGAGCAUGUGCUCUCACACCAGCUCCUGUGAGGAUGUGAACUCAGUUUCUGCAUCUGUUUGGAUCAUUUUAGUAAUUUAUCUGAAAAGGCGAGGCUGAGAGCAUCGCUCACACGUACCACAAAGAGGGGGGAGUCUCCUCUUUUUGAGCUGUGAUUAUUUUCAGACUGCUUUAUUAAAGUUGAGUUUGAUUAUUACUUGUUUACCUUUACUCUACUGUUAAUACCUUUACUUCUGUGGAGUUAAUUCUCAGUCUAUGUGUCUUCAAACAGACGCUCCUGCUCGCUCGUAUCGUUCCAAUUAAAUUCAGAUAUAAUGCAGAUAAAUACUUCAGAUCAUUACAAAUGGGGCCCAGUCAAGGUGAAAGUCAAAAGCAUUGGUGCUACUGUAGAUGCCAACAGACUACCAGCAAACACAAUGUUUGCAGGACUUCUACAACUAGGAUAAAGUGACAUAGUCCAGGACCCGAGGGAGGACAGUUUAGCGAUGGCGCUACAACACGCUACAGCAGGUCCGUUUGACAAGAAACACUUCUGUUACAGACACUUGUCUUACUUUGUUAAAGUGGUUUACCUGUCCAGCAGAAAGGUUACAGGGUCACCAAGAUCCCCAAGUGUCCCCCAUCGUUUAUGUUGACCCGGCUUUUUAGCUCUUGUCCGGUCUACCUCCGUUUUAAGCGCCCGUUAUUCCUCCAGAGUCUCCGGUAUUUACUUCGUUUUCUUGCUUGUGUCGGCAGUCGUGGCCAAAGGAGGAUUUAGACAAUUUUCCGAACUUUCUGGUUGGUUUCUACUGUCCGAUAUUGGGCCGCUCCAAAAUUUAAAAUGCUAACUACACAGACAUAACAAAACAGAGCAAUAUCGUCAUGUUCCCAAAUGUCGUCAAUGACUAAUAACUAUUGACUGAUAUUAAAAGCUUUUUUGUAUAAACACCUGCUUCUUUAACAGAUUCCUGCCUACCUUUAAUGUCCUUUUAGGGCUGGGUGAUAAACCAAAAAAACUGUUAAUACCUUUUACUUCUGUGGAGCUAAUUCUCAGUCUGUGUCUUCAAUUAUGUGUCAAAUGUUCCCUUAUCAAGUGUUUUUUUUAACUGUAUGAAGGAUUUUACUGCUUCGAUAAACCGAAAAUUUACUGAUACCAAAAGUUACGACUUAUCACAGUUAUCGGCUCGUGCACGCUCAUGAUGACUGCAGACUCUCUCUUGUUGUGCUCGUUGUGUCCCUUGGCUUUUCAGACACACAGAUACACACACCUGUCUCCUCCUGCUCUCCUCUCCCUGCUCUCCCCUCUCCUCACUGAUUCUGUUUUUCUUUUGUUCUUUUAUCUGCUGAUCGAUGUCUCUAAUCAACAUCCCAAUUUCCCUUUUUGUUCGCAGCCAUGACAGAACAAUGCAAGACAUUGUUUAUAAGUUGGUACCGGGACUUCAAGAGGGUGAGUGCAGUUUUUUCUUUCUGUCUUUUUCUUUCUGCUUUAAUGUACCUAGAUCUGUUAUUUACGUAUAGAGCGUGAUUGUAUUACUUGGGAACAAAUGCAUUGUUGAAAAUGAAGCAUUGCUAUUUCUGCUGGCCUUGAAGACUCGGUGCCACAGGUUUCAGGACACAAACGAGAACAUUCUCACAUACCGUCUGAUUUAAAAGCUCCAGUGACAGCAGAGACCUUGAGAAAAAGACAGUGUCCUCUCUUAUUUUCUCUCUCCUCUUUUUUUUAUUUCUCAUCCUCUUGUGCAGCGGAGAUAAAGAAGCAGAGAGAUUUCUAUCAGAAGUUGGGGAUGGAGGUGCCGGGAGACAUUAAAGGAGAGCUUUGCAACAUGAAGACUCAUCUAGAUCAACGAAACGGUACGAUCUCCCCCACACUCUCUUCUUUGCUAUGCUUUUAUAGAAGCUCUGAGGGUUUAAGUUUAAUACUGACAUGAUUGUCUUACAGUAUAAAGAAGGGUUUUUAUAUGUGAUGCCAGCAUGCUGUUGCUUGUACAUUUAGCCCUGCCCCCCUAAAGUUCCUGGACCCUUUUUUAGGGGUUGAUUCUUGGUUCCUGCUUUGUAAGCACACAGAGCUCCUCAAAAAGGUUCAGCAAAGCCAUGAGCACGUGUGUUAUGUGGUGGUUUUCUAUCAGACUGUCCAGAUGCUGCUUAAAAAUAAGAACAGAGACUUCAAGAUGAAAGUUAACUUCAACCAAAAGUAUCUUUAAAAGUCUUGAAAAUCGGGUCUUUGGAAGAGGGAAAAACAACUUCUUUAACAUCUUGGAUCAGGGACUUUAAAUGUGCCGUCACUUACUUCUUGAAGUCUCCUCGGCUGUGUUUCUGAUGGCGCUAUAUAAGGGACGAAACCCCCAGCUCAUGAUUAGUAACAUUAGAGGCACGCACAUAACUAACAGCGGAAGCCAUUAAGCAGUUGAAAUGAAGGCAAUUUCACCAAUCAGAACGGGUCCCCGGCUCGCUUGUUGCGCACGACGGCUUUUCAGGAGCAGCCUGCUUCCAAGGCGCUGGUGUGAAUGUGUGCCCAGAGGGCUGUCACGCUGGCAGGCCUAAUCGCUCGCUUAAUCCCCCCCCCCCCACCCUCUGAUUUUGGUAAUUAAGGCUCAAAUGGAAGUGGAAGAGCUCUCUGCCUUCUCGGCCUCAUUGCUUAAAGACAGGUUUAACUACAGCGCACACACACAGAACACAAAUACACAUACAUGUUCAGACUCGCACACUUUUUAAGGAUCAUUAGCACAGACACCAACAGAAAUAGAAACCCAACUGUUUUGCAUAAUCACUUCUCCAGAAAACACACAUAAAUAAGACAUCUCUAGCUGGAGGUGAGGUUUGAAAUUCUUCAUGUGUUAAAAAAAACUCGAUGUAGUUGUUUCAUUUCGAGCCUCGCAGACCGGAGUUUCUUCCUCUGAGGAUCAACAAAGUUCCUUUUUUACCUGCUUGUUGGCGAGAUUUCUCACCGUAUCGAUAACUGAAUCCUGUGAGGUUUGUGGAUCAUGAAAGCGGAUGUCAAACUCGAGUGCGGUUGAGAAAAUUGCUCAAUUGUCUGCUCCACACUCAGGGCGCCACAUGAUUGAAACGCUCAGCCCGUACAUCUCUAACUUUAGAGUCUGAUUACAGUUUUUUUUUCAUGUUAUUGAGCUUAAAUACCUCCAUGGUUGCAAGAUCGGUCCCUGGAAAGAUCUUGUUCUACCACUGACGGAUUCACGUGGUCAUUCAGGGUGCUGGAUCUCUGCAGUGAGUCAAGAUUAUGAGUUUUUUAGACUCCUCAAAAAGUCAGACUCCAGUUAUUGUGAUUAAAAAAAGUAGUUUAAAGCUCCUGUGAGAACUUUCAGUUUGUGUUGAUUCUGGCUCUGCGCGUAAACAACGAUGGCGUCUCUUAUUUCCUCACUGAUAAAAUCAAUUAAUAAUAAUAAUAAUAGAUUUUAUUUGUAAUGCAUUUUACAUUUGAAAACAAAUCUCAAAGUGCACAGUACAGGCAACAAUAACAAAUAAAAGCAACAAUAACAGUAAAAUCAAGCAACAGAACAAAACAAUAAAACAGUCAGCAGAUAAAAUCAGAUAAAAAAGCUGUUUUGGCAGACUGACACCUACCCCUCAAUCAAAGGUUUCAGACAUAAGAUAAAAUUAAAAAUAUAUAUAUGUUAAAGAAAUAUUUAGUUAUUAUAUUGAGACAUAAUACCAGUAAAAACCCUCACAGGAGCUUUAAUCUGCAGGAAAUAGGAGAUGUAAGUCUGUUGCUGUAUGAAGUUAAAGCUCCUAUAAGGAUUUAUUUUAAUGUUUAUAAAAUAAUAAAAUUUAUUUUGAGGCCUGUUUAUGACAUCCAAAAACUAAGAAGACCAUCAGCACUGAGAUCGGUGACUUAAAUGUAGUUUUCUUUAAAUCCUGAAACCGGCGUGCGGGGGUAGGUGUCAGCUUCAUGAAAUAUCCACAAUAAAACAUUGUUGAUACCGUCAAAAGUCUGCAGGAUGAGAUUUUUUUUGUCAGAAGUUGGUCAAAGUUUGCCAAACUGAGAGUUCCUCACGGGAGCUUUAAAGAGUCACUUUAAGACUGAAAUCAGCACAUGCCCCGAUGAAGCGCCACCUUCUUAGGACUCCAUCUCUGUUUGAACUUGGUUAAAAAACUGCUGUGAUAAAGUGGAUGUCAUUGGUAUAAAUUAUUUUUAGGGAUUCUCAUGUUUUAUUUAAUGACUCCUCGCUUCUCAAAGAAACAAACCUCGGUCUUGACUGAAUAAUUCGAACCAGCCUAAAAACAGAUGAAAACGAAGUCUCGAGAGGUUUUCGCUCUGAAAUGUGUCCUUGAUGUUCUGCUUAAAAAUCUUCAGGGUUUGGUUUUGCUUCUGCAGAAAAAAAAAGUUUGAUAAAAACACAACAUAGAGAGUUUAGUUUGGAGUAUUUCUGUGCAGAAAGAUGAAACCUGUGGUCAGGGUGUAAACAUGCCUCAAAGUUCAGGUGAAUCUAUAUUUAAUGGAAACCCAGUUUUGCAAGAACAAGGACGGAGACUGUAGACGCGUGGCAUCACAGUGUUUACAGUUUCACUAACUAGACCCCAGACUUCUUGAAAUCUAUUCAGACCUUUCUUUGGGAGAGUGAGUGUAUUCAGAGUCACCACAGGGUGCAGAAGUUACUUUUUAGGAUCUGGCCUGUUUACUUCCCCUCAUACGCUCCUCUCUGUGAGAGAAGAUACUCCUCAUUAACUCUCCUUUAAAAAACGGCAAACCAAAGUUAACACAUGGUAAAACAGAGAUCACACAACGCUAACUACAGGCGACACUGGGCGCUCUGGUAAUGUUGCCCCUGCCAGCCAUGCUGAACCGCAUUACACUUAAUUAAAGGCUCAUUUAUACAGAAUCCCUUCAGAAAUUAAAACUUUCUCCUGGGUCGCCUCUCUCCAGCUGAGUUAAAUGGAUCUUUUUUUUCUGGCAGAGACGGCGGAGCGGGACUUUUUAUUCCUCAGAGCAGAAUUCAGGGACAGAAAUGUUAAUGUUGGUGACAUUACAGCCUGGAAGGAAAAGGGCACUUUUCACUUAGGCUUAGUUUCAUGAUUGAGUUGUUGGAGACCUUCAGCUUCAUUUCACUCUCCUUCAUACAGAGUGACAGUCAUCAAGUGCUAAAGUCAGACACAGUAUAAGCUGUUCGCUGAUAUGGACAGGCAUUAAGUUGGGCUAACACGAUGUGAACUGAGCUUGAUUUGUGGCCUGCCUGAACUAACACAACGCCCAGGUGGAAGCAGAUUUAUAUUUUCCCUCACAAUAAUACAACUAAAGCAGAGACAUGACAGCCGGUUUUAUCAGAAUAAAUGACUAAAAUCAGUCACUUAUUAUCAGCACAACAAGCAUGGUCUUAAAUGAGACUACAGACAAUUGAAUUUUCCUUCGGGGAUAAAUAAAGUUCUUAUCCGCUCUUUUUUUCUUAUAAGGAGCUAAUUUAUCUGAUACGACAAAAGGCAGAUUGUUAUUGUUGUUGGGCAUACAGAAGUACUCGUUAAGUUUGAAAUAGUUUAGUUUUUUUGCAUCUGAAUGUUUAAAAUGAUCAAACAAAAACUUUCCUCCCUGUUGUUUAACAUCCUGAGCUCUUAAAGUGAGAGAGUUAGUCUGCUGAGGGCUUGUUCUCCGUCACCAUGGUAUCAACUCCCACUCAAACAGCUGGAUCUUGGCUAACAGACUGGCUUUGAGUGAGACCAAGUACAUAUUACAAAGUUAACCCAGUAAUUUAAUAUCAGUGGGGGAGGCAGAAAUGCUCACAUUUGAAGAAUGUUCUUGAGCAUUUGAUUAUUUUCAUUUUUCCGUAUUGGACAUAAAAUAAUAUAUUUUCACUUUUGUCUGUAUUUCCAUCGCAAGUUCGGUCUUCAAUUUUCUUUAAGGCGGUAUUAAAAAGGUCUUAAAACGUCUUAAAUAUAACUUCUUAAUCCCUGUUGUCACCCUGUAAAGGAGACAGAAGAAAGUCUGCUCAGAUCUGACCAAUCAUCCCGUUCCCUCCAAAACUAACCGGGUCUUCGUGUCUAUUUGGAGCCUCAGAGUCGUGUUGUCGGUCUCUGAGAUGCUCCAGGGUUGUUUGAAGGUGGACACAACAAUGAGAGUCUGCCUCUCUUGAUAAGCAAUCAGUGAGUGACUCUGGAGACGGUCGCCACAGAGACACGCGAGCUCAGACCUUCCCUGGCGAUACUCGGGGGGGAAACGCUGACAGUCAACCUGACGGGAAAAUAGCCACAGAGAGGCGAACGCAAUCCCAUCUACGGGCUGAGCUGCAGCCGACUGUCUUUAUACACACACCAACACACACACACAAAUGCACACAAUGUAAUUACAUCAGCUGAAUCCUGCAAGAAUAGACCCGUUUUCUUUGUUUUUUAAAGGUUACAGAAAAGCAAUACCCAUCUGUGCAGCGAUAUUGUCACAGCACAGCAAUUUUCUCUUAGAUAACUGUGUUUCAUAUCUAAAAAUCCAAUACAGCGCGAGUAUCACAGGCAAAAAGUAAAAACAAUAAAGAAAUAUAUAAGCAUGCCUGUCCUGGACCUCUAAGUAACAGCUUCUUCACCGAGGGGGUUUAAAUGUUGGCAGGAAGUCUCUGAACGGAGACGAUUUGAUGCCAUGGAAACUCACUUUUGUGUGGAAGUUUCAGCUGGAUUGUGGCGUGUGUCCUUGAGUUCAGCCGCAGAGUGUUUUGUGAAACCAGUGGUGUAUGAAGUAUUAAAAUAAACCUUUGUAUAAGCACUGAUACAUCUGUGAGAAUACUCUGUUCAAAGUCAAAGUCCUGAAUUCAAAACUUGACCUUCUUCAGUAAAAAUCGGCUCAGUUGAAGAACUGAUUUUGCGUCGAGGUUUGUUGUUGUCAGUGUUUUCAGAUGAUUUAUCUGAUGGUUUUGGAUUAAUGUUAGCGUUGCAUGAUCGUAGGGCUGGGCGAUAUGGGAAAAAGUUUAUCAGGAUAUAUUUUUGCCAUAUCAGUUGAUAUCAAUAUAUAUCCUAAUACAAACAAAAAUCACUUGUCCAUCUUAAAGGUUCCCUGUUACUCUUAAAUUAAAUUUAUCAUGUACUCGACAUAAUUUGCGGUGCACAUUACUCUGCUUCAUCUCCAACUUAAAAAAACAAAAUACCUCCACACUGCCAAUGUUUCCAUGCCAAUUCGUCAUCUGUUGAGUCUUCAUCUGAAUAAAGGGGUAGCACUCAUUUUCUUUCUUUUUCACCGACAGUGCUCUCGGCUUCACGUUAAAGUGCUGUGGUUGCAUGUAGCUGCUGUCUGCUACUACGCAGUUGUUUGCUACUUGGUUCUAAUUCACGCAACCCAAGCAACUCCCCUUUUCGUUUGCUAUUUAUAAAGUCUACCAAAACAUGACAUGACCCCGUUUUAUAUCGAUACGGAGAGAAAUCAAUUUUUUUAAUAUAUAUAGUUAUUGUUUUAUCGCCCAGCCCUACAUGAGGAAGAUGAGUUUAACAACUUAAUAGAGGCAAGAUAAAUGUCAGAGUUUAGGCAGACUAGCUGAGGGGUUUAAAGACUAACUUCUAGGUCUGCAAAGACCUGACUAAUCCAGACCCCGACUCUCUGCUCCCUCUACUUUCAUAUUUGCUCCGAUUUCCCUGAAAAGAGGCACAAACUCAAUUAAGGUAAAGCUGAUUUCAGCCCUCCUGCAGGCUAAUCAGCACAGGACCAGGCUGCAUUUUUACCAUUUUUUCAGAGUUGCCGUGUAUUAGAGAUGUGCCCAGACAGCGGAUAAGCUGUAUAAAGGAUGCUCUGACACCCUCGGACAUGUAAUUGCCUUAUAAAUGGACCUCUGCAGGAGGUGUGUCUAUGCUCCAGCAAGCACAAGCGUUGUAACAUCUACAGGGAGACAAACAUGUCGGUUUCCACCACUUCCGACUAGUCUUGUUAACGACAUGGACGUCAAUUAAGCUCAAGCCUCUUCACUUAAGUUAAUGAGAUAGAUAAGAGAAACAUGCUGCUCCAUUAGUGGACAGAUCGCAGCAGGAAUACAAACAUGCAGAGGUGCUUUUAAACUCUGGAGUGUGCACAAAUUAAACCGCGGGGAAACGUUUAACUUUUACGUUCAGCAAAUAAAAAGUUUCUAAUCUUAGUUUCCUUCUUGGUGUUUUCUUCACAGGCGAUACAAAAUCAGAGGAAACAGCCAAUAAGGAGGCAGGAGAGGAAAAACCGGAGGAAGACAACGACUAUCACCGUAGCGACGAGCAGGUGAGCCCCCGCAUGCUUCUUGUUUCUCUCACAAUCAAAUCACCACUCUCUCUCUCUGACUUUAUUCAGUAUCAAACAGAAAAAUCACUGAAGAUGAAUUUCAUUUUCUCCCACAAGGUUUUAAAAUCUGAAAUAAACUUCUUUUUUUAAACACAAUGAAAGAAACUUUCCAAAGACAGAAACUGUGCUCAAAAACCUGAAAACAUUUUCAACAGAUAAGAGACACUGAUCAGAAAUCUCCUGCCUGGUCUGACACAGCAGUGCGUCUGACAAACAGGCUUCCCGCAGACAAAUAUGGCGAACAAUCAAAGUGCUGACUCUGGCUUAAAGAGGCAAAAUUCAGCUUUUUUCACAGCAGGGUGUGAGAAAUAUUCAGAGUGAUCCAAGUGUCUGAUCAUUUCUCUGAAUGUAAGAGCUAAAUUAACAUAACGCUGUCACUCCAGAAUGGAUGCAUAAAGAUACAUGGUGAAAUACAGCGCCCUCUGGUGAGAGAAAGGUUCACGGCAGAAAAUAAACAAUCUCCCAAAAACUCGAAUCCCUCUCUGGUUCACUCUUGACCUAACUGUGUCGUCCUGCCGUUUAAACCUGCAGCUGUAGCAUCACAAAAACACAACAACUGACAGGAAACGGGUUCAAAAAAAAAUAUUGACGUCCGAAAUAAUCGCACGAAAGAACGGUCCCGGUGUGUAAGGACCUGUAGAGUCGCUCUCUGUACUCUGUUAGGCCACUUUUAGACGGAAACGGCCUCCAUAGAAAAUGGAAAAGUGCCGUUUUCGUUUUCAGUUUUUAUGCUGUGUUUACACAAAAACACAAUGUGGUUGAAAACGCUGUAAUGUGCAUGCCAGGUAGGGUAGGUGGCGCGUGUCGGUGUGACCGCGCUCCCAUAUAGACCAACAACACAUACGUAGAACAACUUCCGUUCUACUUCCUAGCGUGAGCCGACGUGAGCCAGGACGUCACAGCUUUGACUGUUUUCAGCGUUUUUGUACUUUGGACGAAAGCGGGACUAGCAGAGCGUUUACAACAUUUCCACUCUGGAGGGGGUUUUCACUUUGUUGUGUUUUCAUCUCCUGAGAACGCAGUUGCCGUCUAAACGGACCCCCCUAAACGAAACUAAAUUUUUCCGUUUUCUAUGGAGACCGUGUCCGUCUAAAAGUGGCCUUAGAUUCUGGCUGUAGGUCUCCAGAGUUAUAGUAAACAAACAUCAGGGUCCAGUCUUGGAAGGUUAGAGGCGUCAUAUAAGAAGUAUGAGCUGUAUCUGACUGAAUCAAACCAGAAAUAAAUGAGUGUUUUUUAUUUAUUUAUGUAAUUUAGGUCAUCCGCCCCUUUAAGAAUCAGCCAGCUGUGUUAUCUAGCAGCAAACUUGGCAGGCGGUCCACAUGAUUUUUCUCUCCCGGCAGAGAUUAGAGGAAGUAAACUGGAUAAAAUAAUUACAGGUUACCGAGCAGACUGUCAGGAACAAAAGCACUAAAGGGAAAAAAUACUGUUGGUGAUAAUUGUGGGUACGAUUGCCUUAAAAGCCGGCACAUCAAUUAUUGCCUUUACAAAGGAAGCCCCCCCAUGUGAAUCAGCCGGCUGUUUUACAAUUAGCGGCUCCUUUUGUCUUUGCUGUUUGGGCUUUUUGAUUUGUAAAGACGCCGCAGCUCCGCCCGUCUGAACACAUCGAAAAUGGAGAUGGGCUUUUGUUGAUUUCAGGGGUAUUCCUGCACAAUCUAAAGCUCUGACAAAUUAAAUUAAUAAUGCAGAGCGCAGAGUUUUGUCAUGCCAAACUAAAAAAACAAAAACACCUCAGAUAUUUUUUAUUCGGAUUAUAAACACAAAGAUGGCAGCCGCCUCGAUGAGGGUGAAGAUCUUGCCCUUUUGGAUUUUCAGCCGCGGUGCAGGAAUGUGCUCUGAAUAGCUAAUACGUCAGCCCCGUGUGAGCUGAAUGCAGGCGUGUCAAAUGUCACUGAGGAGGAGGAGGAAGAAGACGAGGGAGGAAAAGAGCAGAGGAAUACAAGCUGAGUGAUGAAAAUGAGAGGGCGAGCAGACAGCAUGAGAAAAAGGCCCGCUGAUGAAAAGAAGUCACCUCGCAGGGUGACGAGGUGUCAGGGAGGGAGAGUGUGACUCAUGAGAGUUAAUGACGGAGGGGUCGUCUAAGUCUGAGGAUUAACUGUGAGCGCUGAAAAGAGUAAACGAUGAAGCCAGCAGAUAGACCCUGAGACCCAAAGAGAAACCACAACAGGUGGGCUUUACCUGCUUCGUUCAGAACGCAGCAGCUCGGCUUUUAACUGGUUUUAGUCGACGGCGUCACAUCACUUGAAUUUGAGCCUCCUUUCACUGGCUUCCUGUCAGUUUUAGGAUUGAUUUUAAGAUUUUAUGGAUUACUUUUAAAGCAACAUGUGUCAGUGUGAGUGAUUAACUGGAAAACAUAAUAAAUAAAACCUUACUCUCUAAUUUAAUUCAGAAAAAAUCCAACUUAUAUAGCAUAUUCUUGUACCUGAUUCAUCCAAACCCUUUACUCGCACAGUUAAAUGAAGCUUCUCUUUAAACACGACUACACGCAGACAUCUUCAGCCGUCUGCAGGCGCUCGGUGUGGGCUCAUCAAAUAGUGAUAAGCUCCCGUAAACAUGAUGUUUUCUUGAUGUGGCUCUCUGUUGCAUCCGUCAGCGAGUCUGUGCGGCUCAAACAGGCUCUGUAAGAACGUCACUAAUGUUCGGUAAUUUAAUGAAACCUGCUGCAGAGUCCCGAUCUCCUCCGAGACUCUUAUUCACAUUAUGAGCCUCCCCCACUGGAAACGGAGAUAUUACCCUGCUUCUCUUUGCUUAUAGGAGGGCAGGUGGCGCACUGAAGAGCCGCCAGUGUUUAUUGAAGAGCAGAGAUGCUUUCCAAGUUUAUGUAGAAACCAGUGUGAUGUUUAUUUUUCACGUCUCAGAAGAGAGAGAUAAAAAAAAAAAAGGAAGUGAGGCAGGAAGACUCCCACGAAUAAAGGAGUACACGACUUCUCUCCUCCGCCGUCUCUCAGCGACAGUGAUACAUUCUGACUCCUGCAACCAUCAACUGCCAAAACCACCUACCGUGUCGCUGCGGGGGGGAGCACAGGCCAAUGGCGGUGACGCUCGAAGCCGAUAUGCAAAAACACAUGCUGACAAUGAGCGGCGCCGGGCAAAGAUAUCAGCUGUUUUUUUUAUGACCCUGAAGAAUCAGAGGGAAAGAUGUCUAGGGGUGGGCGAUAUGGAAAAGGUUUCAUAUCGCGUUUUUAAUUUUUGGAAAAUCAGGAUCACGAUUGGAAAAAAUGGAAAUAAUAAAUGAAAUAAAAUAUCCAGAUUUUAACAACGAACAGCAUAUUUUUUAUCGUAACUGGAUGGUCCUGAAACCUGACGCUACAUUUUUUCCCUGUGAUGAAAUCGGCAAAUCCACGCCCCCAACCCAUUUCAUUGGUCCCUGCAUUACUCUUCUUCGCUCCACCACCUGAUAGGAAAAGGGGUUAGGGUGAGGUUAGUAAAGGUUAGGGUGAGUGUUAGGAUAAGGGGAGGGGUUAGUGGCGGCGAUGUAACUGCAGUGAAAUUUAAAAACAGGAGGGGGCGCAUUCGGGGUAGAAGUGAGAGACUGAGGAGGAACCAAUCAAAUGGGUUUGGGGGCGUGGAUUUCCCUAUAUCAUCCUAGAGAAAAAAAACCUCACAAACCUGACACUGUAGUCUGGCUACUUCCUGGCUUGUUUGCAUAUUAAACUGUGAUUGGAUGUUUACUGAGGACUGAGGGGGAGGGGCUUGUGAAUGAGUUAGCCUAGUAGGAUUCACAGGCAGCAGAGCGGAGGAAAAGAGGAAGUAGAUUCUGUAUCUUGUUCUUUUUUCGGCAGAUUUUUCAGCCACUGCAGUUGGUUUUUUUCAACGUUUAAGAUACAUUCUGUGGGUAAAUUAAAUUGUGUUCUCUGAACUUCAAAACAUUCAUUUAAGAGGGCAAGAAAUUUAUUUAGACACACGUUAGGGCUACAAUACACACUACAGACGGUUCUACGACCUCUGUGCUUUGGCAGUGCUUUGUUGAGACUUUUGUGGUUUUGAGCUCUGAAGGCCACAAACAUCUUGAGUGAAACACUUCCUUGUUUCUUAAAAAUAAACUCGUCUUUCUUUCAUUUUAAAACUACUUCCUUUGAGCGUCAGCAUGUCGUGGAAUAUUCUCUCUUUUCUACAAGUCCUCACCUCUUUUAACCAUCACGUUUUCCUCCAACAGGUCAGCAUCUGCUUGGAGUGCAACAGCAGCAAGCUUCGAGGUCUGAAGCGAAAGUGGAUCCGCUGUUCAGCACAAGCCACAGUCCUCCACCUGAAGAAGUUCAUCGCCAAAAAGCUUAACCUGACAUCAUUUAAUGAGGUACCGAUGAGAACACGCUCCGUUAGACCCGAGAGGAAACUUAAUGUACUUUCACUUCAGCGUGUUUCAAAGAUCGCAGGAUUUGAUGGAUUUUUACACAUCUGUUCAUGCAGAUAUCCUGUUAAAUAAUAUUUCUGAACAUAUCGCUCCGCUGCACAAACUUUGAGCUUACCUCAGAGUCAUACUGGCUCUGUGGGGUUUCAGAGCAGAUUCUUAAGGUUAAAAAACAGGAAAAUCAUCCGAGAAUCGCCGCAGCUCAUUAUUUUCUCUUAAUCAGAGGAAACUGAGAGGGUGUGAAACUAAAGCAGAAGUCCUUUCAGAGAAGUGUUGGUUUUCAUUCCAAGAAGUUUGAGUUUUUCUGCAUUUAUUUUGGGCUUUAUGGGUCCGAGGGUGGAUUACUGUUCUCAGCCGUUUUAAUUCAAGCGCUUAACGAAAAUGUUCGGCUGCAUGUUUGUCUCCUAAAGUGGAUUUGGAGCGUUUUUGAAACAAAUCAUUUUAAUUCUUGGCCUUUUGUUUCAAUGUGUUUGGAGCACCAGCUGGGCGGUGUGGGCUGUGUGCAGAAGAAAGUUCAGUUUCAUGGCUCAGAAGGUCAGUUUAUCCCUCUGUCCGAUAAAAGGCCUUCAGCAUUUGUUAUAUUUAGCAGAAAAGCAGCUUUUUUUUCUCUCUUAUUUUUCUUAUUUUUGAUGCUCUAACAGGCUCUAAAAACAGCCGAGAGGACUGUGGGCGAUAAUUUGACAGAUGGAUUUUAAGAAUGCCACAUAUAACCAUCACAGACGCCUCUGUGUCUUAUAUUAUUUUGAUUUUUCAUCUUUUUCUCACCAGCUGUCGCAGAGUUGAGUGGGAGGGCUCGAUCAGACCGUCAGGAUAAAACACACAACUCUGGCGCUCCCCGGCCGCCAUUGUUGGUCUUUCUGAUGACUAUCAAAAGCUGUCGUUUAGACAGACUCUGUUUUUAGCUCUGUAGAGAGCUGGGCGCCAUUUACACGUUAGUCUUGUCACUUAUCCGGUUGACGAGGUCCUGUGACUUACCUGCAACUUGGCACAACCUUAGAUUACGUGCGUACUAUUUUCAUAAACAGACGUUUCACCCUCUCCGUUUACAAAAAAAACUGCGUGCACACCACUAUGUUUUCAGAAAAGUUUUUGUUUACACUAACCUGUGUAUAAAUGCCAUUAAGAGCACGCCAAACCUGUAGGUGGCAGUGUUGCGAGAAGCUCAAGCCCACGUUAGCCAAUCAGAAUCCCGUAUAGCAGCAACAACGUCACUUCCUUCUUUUGGAAAAGAUGUAAAUGCAAAUGAAUACAAAACGACUGCUGUUCUGCAUGAUCACCAUAGAGUGUAAACAACGUCGCAUUGAACCCAGUUUCUACCCAAAUCUCUGUUUUUCUCAGUUUACGUGCAAACAGAGUUUUCCAAAAUCUCCACUAUAACCAGAGUUUUUAAAAAGCAUCGUUUUCAGGGGCGAACUCUCUGUUUGCGUCUAAACGAAGGGUGCAAACGUUUUUAAAAAUAACCGGGUACGUAUAAACGGGGCUUAAAAGAUAUGUGACCUACACACCCCAAUAAAGACUUCUUUCAUGACCAGAGUCCACACUCCCAGAAGGAGAUCUUGCAAACUCAUGCAGUCCAACACUUUAAAGGAAGAAAGCAUCAUUUGUAAAGUGAUGCUCAGUUUACUGCAGAGUCUCGUGUGUUUGUCCCUGUCAUGUACACAAGUGAAUAAAUAGUUUCUGAACAUGCUUCUUAUUUACAGCUUUAAACCGGUGCAGCUAGAAUCAUCACUGAGCAGAUCUGUGGAAGUAAAUUCACUCAUGACUAAAAUCACAGGACAGAGGAAGUCUGGCUUUUGUCAGAUGGAGGGAACCGUCCCCGGAGACAGUCUGAUUAUCUUUUAGUUUUUAUUUAGCUUUAAGUGUUCUACAAAGAGCUGAAAUGAUAUUAAACUGCACCAGACUCUGACUUUAUCAGUUCCAACUAUUAAGGCUUUGGACUCUUUCAGCGUUUCAAAUCUCAAAAACAAAAAAAAACACUUAAAAAUUUCUAUUUGUUGAUGUUUUUGUCCGGAAAUCUGCGGUUUCUCCUGAUCAUCAGAUCAAGAGUUUAGGUCUGUGCAGGGAGGUUUUCUGCAGGUUUGAUUUUGAUCCUUUCAGAGCUUUCAAACAACAAAGACCCAGAUGUGGUUUUUGUCGUUUCCUCCCACAAAAACAAACUUCUAACUUUUGAGCUGGAAUCACAGCCCCUCUGCUUCCCCCUCUGGAUUAGUUUUGGUUUCUUCUCAGUCACAGACCUGAACAGUUUCCCUCACUAAUGCUGUGUUUAUCCGUCAGAGCGUCACUCCGGUCUGAACCAGCAGGUGACGCUGUGGCAGUAUUUGUUCCCUCUCUCCCUCUCUGUCUGACUGUAUCGAUCAGCAGAUGCAGAUGUGAGGCAGUGCUCAGCAGAAUAUCAAUGUUGACUUCACAGAGGGAGCGCCGGAUUAGACGAGCCGGCCUCGCUUUCAGUAUUGAACUUUCUGUUGUUUCCCAGAAUGCCCCGCUGCUGCUCGGGAGCCGAGGGCCACUUUGUGGUGAAACCAGCUUCCAGUCAAAGACACAGAGACGCUUUAGAGCGGAGGGGGCAGAGAGUGUGUGGUACAAGCUUUGUUUCUGCAUCAGAAACCUUCAAGAAAGGAGUUUGUGUUCAUGUCUCUGCAGGGAGGCGGCGUGGUCCACAGUGAGGCUCUCUGCUGUCGGCCAUCAUUCACUAAUCAGCUGUUUUUUGUUGUCGUUAACAGCUGGACAUUUUAUGCAACGAGGAGAUCUUGGGGAAGGACCACACUUUGAAAUUUGUUGUUGUGACGAGAUGGAGAUUUAAGGUAACGCCUGUUUCAGAGAUGUGGUCAUAUUCUCUGUUUCUCUGAUUUGUUUUGAUGUUCUGAAAAAAAUCAACUUUGAGUGAGUUUAAAAAAAGGUCUGAAAAAGUCUGAGAUUUGAUUUAAAGGGAUAUUCCGGCAUAAAAUUAAGUUAGGGUCAAUAUCUAGUGAGACAUCUCUAGUUGCCGACCCCUUGGUUCUCUAGUUUUACCAACUUUAGUAACGACCGUAGCAAUACAGAGAGCCACAUGCUUAACCAAAACGCCACUCUAUAGCCACAAAUAAUGCUCAGAACAGCACCUAACUUCAUCAACAGGACAUAUAGGGUCACAGCCAUAGUACUAGACACCAAACAUCUUUUUAACUUUGCCUAAUUUCUUUAGCAAAGAGACUAAACACAACUCACCUACUCUCCUCCAGCAGCUGCUUGUUUGUAGCGAGACCUCGGGCCAGUCCAUUAUGGACUGCUGCGGGGUGACGCAGCUCAAGGAAGAACAUUUAUGAUCAUUUCUUCAUGGAAAUACAAUCAGACCGAGACGCCAAGACAGAAGAACUACCGCGUCUGCAGAGCAAAUGAUUAAUAUGGUGAUUAUUAAGUCAUGGAAAUGAUAAAGAAAUGAUCAUAAAUGUUCUUCCUUGAGCUGCGUCUCCCCACUGUAGUCGAUGGACUCGCCCGGAGGUCUCGUUACAAACAGGCAGCUGCUGGAGGAGAGUAGGUGAGUUGUGUUUAGUCUCUUUACACUCACUACUGACAAUAGAAGCGUCAUCUUUGGGGUCAUCCACACUGGGAGGAGUCACAGGCUGUGCCACAGGGGGGCACCAGCGCCCAGGCCCCCCUCGACCCCGACAGACAAAAGCCAGUCGGGCCGAAGGGCUCAGGGACAGCGCCCCCCAGCAGCAGCCCAGACACAGCUCCCAGUGUGGAGGACCCCCUCUAAGGAAACACUGGAGUUAAAACUGAAAACUAAUAACACAAGAUAAAAAGAGUGAACAAUUUAAAAGCAUAAAAAUACAGAAGAUAAUAAAGAAAACAGGACCAAUAAUAAGUAAAACAAAUAAAAAAAUUAAGAAUAAUAUCAUCUUUAAAAACAAGGUAGAAGUAAGAACAUAAGAUAAAUUAGAACCACAUAAGAAAAUAAGAAGAAUUUAAAAUAAUAGUUAAGAGCCUGAUUAAAAGGUCGGUCUGUAACCUUCUUUUAAAAAUAUCUACAGUGUCUUCGGUCCUCAGGCUCUCUGACAGGCUGUAUUUCUCACACUGAUGUUGUGUUUGUGUGUCCCCCCUCCAGAAGUCGCCCCUCCUGCUCCAUUACAGACCCAAGAUGGAUCUGCUGUAGCUAAAACGGACACACGGUUGUGUUUUUGUUUUUUUGAUUUUUUUUUUGUUUUGCUUUUCUUUUUGGCCCGGUGGCUGCGGACUGUGCCGAAACCUUUUUUUAUUUAUGCAAAGACGAUCAACCAACACCAAGCAAACUCCCGACGGUUCAAGUCAACACAAGCCAGCAACAUCGGGAUCGAACGGCGGGUAAGGGAGGGAGGGGGGCGGGGCGGCGGAUACAACACAAACCGACGACCUCCAGCACAGAUACUGCAACACUGGUGUGUUUUUAAGAACUGAAACAACCACGUUUUUGUCCGCGACAUCCUAGAUAUGUGAACAAAGAAAAACAAAAAAAAAAAAGAAAAAAAUGGAGAGAAAGCAUAUAUUUAUACUUUUGUACAGAAGAGACACAUGGAACCAAGACACUACUGGUGCUCUGUUUACACGCAAACAAGAUGUCGGGGAUCACAUGACCGUCUUUUUUCAGCUUCAUGCAGAUUUCCUCCUCCUGAGACAAAGACUGAGAGGAGAGGAGGAUGUUUUUUUAUAAAAGGUGUUUGUUUUUUGUUUUUUGUUUUUCUGGUUUUUCCUCUUCACGAUACACUCGACACGUCUUGGGAGCACAGAGAGUUUAUGGAAAAAGUUAUAUAACAGGCAUCAAUUUAAAGCUGUUUAUCAAGUCUCUGAACCUUUUUCGUUUUGUUUUGUUUUCAUUUUGUUGACUUUGUCUAAUUUGCUAUUGGGUUCUUGAUGAUUGUCAAUUGUGAAUAGGCUUACAAAUGUUUUGUGUAGUAAUUUAUGUUCUAUAUACCAAUAUUGUACAUAAAAUGUCAUUACAGAGAGAGAGAGAGAGAUUGAAAGAGAGACUUUAGACUGUUAAGAAAGAAUGGAUCCCAGAAGUGCUAUCUAUAUUUUGGGCGAUUAAAGGUAAUGAAUUAGGAAUCUUUAAAAAGACAGACUCAUUAUCAGUAUCAAAAUAUAUAAAUGCAUCUUUAUGUUGUCUGGGAAAGACACAAAACAGAUUUAUCAAAUCCUCUGCCAGUCUUUUAGACGUGGGGUCUGAAGUAUGUAUGAGAGUCGAACGUAGAUACGAAGAAAGCUUCCGAUCCAUCCUCCCAUCCUCCGCCUUCCUUUGGUCAAACACAGAUAUGUUCGUCGUGGUUUUCGGUUGUUUUGGACAUCAGUAUCAACCACCUUUGUCUUAAAAAAACACAAUACUACAUAAACACCCAUGUUCCACAAUGCCUGCAAGACAUGAAAACUCAAUAUGAGCAGAGAUUCUCUGUAUUUUUAUUGAUUUUAAUCACGCCGUGCACUCCUUUAUUUCUCUCUCUGCAGUCUUUCAGCAGAGCGAGCGCCGAUUCGCCCACAUGUUUACAGCUUUUAGGUCGAGCUGUUAGCAGCAGAUGUUGACACCGCGCGCCCUCAUACCAUGCUUCCUUUUUUUUAUUUUGUUGGGAUUUUACGGCAGAACUCUCCAUCUCUCCUGCAACAGAAGUGAGAUUUUAUAGCCUGGUUUUUAUUUGUCUUAAGGUGCUGCAAACAUCACCAUUUCAUUUAGGCGAACAGGGCGGAUAAUUAAAAGAUUGAGAACAAACUGUAAACUUUCUGCUCAGAGCUCGACUCCCUCUGUGAGGCGCCGCAGUCAGACUCUCCGUGCACAUAAACCACUUCACAUUGUCGGGUUUUUUUGCAGUUACCGCUCACUGCCAGUUGACGUACAAGUGUCGAAAGUUGCACCGUGAUCCUGAAAGUCAAGUAAAUGUUGAUUUGUCCAAAAAUCAGUGAAAAAGCCUCAGAAUUUCAGCAGGAAAGGCUCUCAAAACACAAAUGUAUUCAUCUUUUUUUUCUUCUUUUGCAAAAUGACUUGCAGAAUCAGGUUUGGCACAGAGACUGGGUUUCUUUUUAAAGGUUUUGAUAAUGAAAAUCUGGAUAUCUAACGACCGCUGUUUUGGUCAUUUGGUGCUCAUUACUAUGUGUGUUUGUGAUCUUGAGGAGGGUAUUCCUCAGGAACAUGCUUGUUUAUGCUGUAACUGUGAUACAGCAGAUCCUUUUAUCAGCUAAAUGUCUUAAACUCGCAACAUUCAAAGCAAACUGCUCAUCUGUCUUUAACGUAAACACAACUGGAUCCCUGAACGCCUCGUCAGACCUCAAGUAGUAUUACCUCACUGUCCUGUGACAUUUACGUUCCCCUCUGCGUCGUCCCCGCCCACAGCGAGCUGCUCUGUCUGCAGGAGUCCUCUCCAUCAUGAGACGACAGACGUUCCAGCUUCAAACUCUCGAUUUAAGAUUUGAAAGAAGUCUUAAAAGUUUAUUUAAAAAAAGUUGUGACUUGACGGUUUAGGGAUUUGCAGAUCAAAUUUAAAACAUGUUUUGGAGCUCUGCUACUAAAGGACCUAGGAUGUGUAUUAAAUGAUGUUUUUAUAGCUUACAGGUCUCAGCUCAAACUUGACUCCUGCAGUCUGUCGUUUCUCAUUCACCUCUGAAAGCCUGUUCCCCGGCUGCACAUGUAAAGGGCUCAUUGUUUUUUGGUUUUUCUAACUAUCAAAGUACAUGGAAUCCUUGAAAGUCUUUGAUUUCUGGGUAAACUCCAAUUUUGGAAAUCCACUCUUCAGCACAAACAUCUUUUGUUAGCUUGAAUCUUGUGAUUUUUCCCUCUUUUGUUCUUCUAAUUGGUUCUGUGAAAAUUGGAUGCUCCAACAACAGCUAACAAGUUUUUUUAUGAGCAAAAUAAGAAAUGAAAAAAUGCUUUUAUUUUCUACCCUGAUGGAAAAAACUGGAGAAAAAUCAAGCUUCUGUACCUUUUAAUAGUGAUCGAUAACCAAAAACAACGAGCCCUACCAGCUUCUCCCCACAGAAAACGUCAUAAUCUCCUUUUUUUCUUUGUCUUCGUCAGCACAGACUCUGUGUUUGUCAACAGGUCACCCUAGAGAAGUCAGACCAAUGUCAGUUUAUGCUCUUCUGAGACGCUCCGAGGUUAAUAUUGAUCAAGUUUGCUCUUAUAAAUAAGACAAGUGAUGUUUAACUAAUAUCCCAAAUGUGUUUCCCUCCUCGCUCCUUCAGUCUCUUUCUGGUUUUAAUGAUCCUACGUGUUCAGAAGCUUUUUCCUCAGGUGAUUAAGCUGAAACUUUCCCCAACAAGGUGCUAUCAUCAUCAUCAUCAUCAUCAUAACCACAAACAGUUUCAUUUUCUACAUUACUCUUUCAAAUGGUGCAAACACUGCUGGGUGCUGCUGAGAAUGACAUCCAAACGUUAGUCGUAUAUUUUUGUGAUGCAUUAAAUCUGUUUUGUUCAACACGCUCGGGUUCACACUGCAGCUUUGUUCGCCUCUCACGUCAGAUCUCCCUCCUACUAAAUCCAGAUGAUUUUGAUCCUCAUUGUUUGUGCUGCGCUGUGUGUGUUUUCUGUCGUUUGGUGCAGCAGGCUCUCUCUCUCUUGUAUCCUAAUAAUGAAAUCUGUAACAUGCAGUAAGAGAGCGGUUGGUGACAUUAUUCUCGCAGAAGAAGGCUGCAGGGUUGUGUGUUGGUUCCUGGGUGCCAAAAACUGUGAAUGACACUCUAAUGUGGACCUGAAAGCAACCUCUGUAGGCAUUAUUUAUUAUUAGGUCGCCUAAAUAACUACUUAUCGCCAUCCUCAAUACUCGUCAGUUAUAUGUAUUUGAAUUUUAUUCGAUAUCUGAUAUUGUAGUUUGGCUGAUCGCAUUAGAAUCACACCGUCUUUUCAUGGUAAAGAACACCAAGUUUCUCCUGUAACAGAAUUUUCCUAAUUCGUGACAGUCUAAUUGUUUGAAACGAGGCAUAAAGUAUGAAAAUUUGCCAUAAACGAUAUAGACAUUCGAUAACACGUCUGCUCUGUAUCCGACACCUGGAGAAACUUUGUUACCAUAGACAUGAUAUACGUAGAUGCCUCAAAACCUGACAUUGCCUAUUCGAGCUCACGUAUCAGCGCAGCCGCCGUCUUGGAUGGGUCCUCCAGUGCAUUAAGAUGUUAAUAACUCUCCGAAUCUCUGUCCGAUUUUCACACUGUUUGGUUUGUUACAACGGCAGGGAUGUAGCCAUAAUACAGGAUAAUGUCACACAUUAAAAAUAAACCAAAUCAUUUUUCAAUCCUAUUUGUGAAAUGUAAUCCUACGUGAUCUGGUUUCAAUACUGCGUCAGGUUUUUCAACCAUAGAGUGCAUAACUAGAGGCGUAGUUCCUCGUUCUCCAUUGACCUUGUUUGGCUCUUGAGCGAGCCUAGAGUGAGGAGACCAAUCCAACAUGGCGGAUUACGCUCCAGCACAUAAUGAGGCGUCUACGUAUAUAAUGUCUAUGACUGCAUGAUCAUACCCAGUGAGACUGCUCAUAAACAUAAUCUACUGACGAGUGGGGAAAGUAGUCAACUGGUUGGUUAGUUGGUGAAACUCUCGGCUUACAGCAGGAUGCAGUUUGUUGGUGUUUAAAUCUAGAAAUGGAAAAAUAAGAUCACACACAGGCUGUGUCUGGUUAAACCUACAUGCAGCCAUCUUGAGUAACACACAGCUAGCACAGUAUAAAGUAGGUGGUGCUAGCUCUGCAACAGGUAGAUACACCGUGAAACCAAUUUGACAUUUAACAUCCACAGACUUUGAAAGCUCACGUUUAUCUAUGUUUAAUAAGUUUUGCUCAAAUUGGACUAAUAUGUGUUUUCUCAUCUAGUUGAGCCGCUGAGUUGUCCAGCUAUGCUAGCCAGGAAGGUGGAAUUCAAACAACUACAAAAUGAGUUUAUUAGGAACGUAACACGACGAGUUUAAAGCUUCAAAUAGAGUCUGAAGAGAAGCUGCAAAAACACAAGAGCAGAAAACAUCCAAAUCACAUUUCAGAAGAAUCCUAUGUGCACAUGUUGAGAUAUUUAAACAACAAAAAUAACAAAUGCAUUAGACAAAACUACUGCACCAGACUUCUUAAAAACCCUGAUCAUGGUCUGGGACUUUUUUGUGGACUUGAAGCCAGAAGUAAAAGAGUAUUUUAAAAUGAUCUGUGCAGCCCUUAUCUCAAGUACUAUCGCACAAUAGAGACGAGAAAAUGGCAAAGAUCUGAUGUGGGAGAGUCUAACAGCAAACAGCUGCAGUGUGAACAAAGCCGGUCCUGUUGAGUUUGAGUUCUCUUUGUUCUUAGAAGCCUGUGAACUGUGUGAUGAUUGGAAGAACCUGACGUGAAGGGCGACCGUCAGAAACUGUCUCUGCCGCCGGUGCUCUCUUUGGUGCUAACAACUCUUUGCUUCAAAUCUUCAAACUUCUUCUGGAAAGAUUGAGUCAGAGACAGACAAAGCACUGUGUUUUCAGGUUCUCCUGUCGCCUGUUGUUUUUUUUUUUUUUUUUUUUUUGCACUGUUCGUCAUCUUCUUGGACUUCUGGGGCGUCUCUGCAGAUCAAGAAGUUGCUCGUUUCCUUUUGUUUCUUUUUUUAUCACUGGUUUCUCUGGGUUGGUUUACUCUCUUGCCGGGGCUUGCCAGGAAAGCAAAUAGAGGAUGUUGAAAUAAGACUGUGACAUACAUGAUGCUGUGAAAAGAAAAAUGGUGGGAGAUCUGGCUCUUGGGCUGCGAUCUCCUGCCUCACACUUAUUAUUGGCUUCUCCGGUGAGAUGUUUGCACCUUUUCCAAGUCUGAUGGUCUGAACGUCCACUACCACAGAAAUAAUCACAUCCAGCGGAUCUUACUCGAAAUUCCCUGAUGCCCCGUGAGCUGUUGGGAGAUUCAACCUUUAAAGCAUGUCUGUAUGCAGGCUGCACACUCCCUCUCCUGUGCUCCAAAGUGGAUCGAUCUUCACGCUCGUCAUUGGCACUACCAUUGGGACAUCAGUGCUUACAGGCGGCUUGGUCCUGUCUUACUCUAGACUCGAGUCUGUAUCAACAGAGCUUCAGUUCCCGGCCUGGUCUUCUUCACUUUGACCUUGAACACCUAUCAGCUCGUUUGUUAUCCCCGAUACGGAUCCGUGUGAAGGCUUCAGCAGAGGCGGUUUCACAUCUUCUUGAAGACAGUUGUGUACCUGCAGCAAACAAUUCAUCUGGGCUGCUUUGUGCUCAGUCUCCCAGAGAAGUUGGAGUCGUCUCUAAAGGCAGCAACAUUCAUUUCAAGCUUGUUGGCAGCAAAUCAUUCCUGGCAACUUGGAAAAGCCUCUUCUGUGUUCUCCCCUCUGUAAUGAGUGUCCACUCCAGGAGUCUGAUAGCUUUCUUUGUCGCCCAGCUCGUUCGUUUGCUUCAUUUCAGAGUCCUCCGUAAAGCCUGGUAAUCUCACAGACCGGCUUUGUGUGCGAGGGACCUCGAGGGUCACUCAGACGGCUACAUGGACUGAAAACACACUCCAAAACAUAUAAAUGAUAUCGCCUGACUGCGGUUUGCACACUCUGCUGCUGCAGCUGGAAAGCUGGAAUGCUUCAGGCUCAAGUGCGCCGCGUCGCGUCUCCAUGGGUGGCGCGGAUCUGAGGAGCAACGACUGGUUAAAUGAUGGAUUGUUUCACCACUCGAGGGUUGUUGUUGCUGCUGUUGCUCGUAGAGAUUGAUCCCCGGCUACAGGAUCAGCGAGGCAGCUUUUUCAAACACACAGGAGCUGACUCACUGCAAAUUUAUUCAACUGCAGCCAAACCUGCAAACACAUGUCCCCCCCCAUGAGCCAUACAGAUGUCAUCAAUAAAUCUUCAGUUUUUUGUAUUCUUGUUAUUUAUUGAUACUGAAAAAGUGGCUUCUGCUGUCGUUUCUUGGUCAGUGAGUUUAAUCCAAACUUACAGAGAGCAGCAGCUUGUUCUUUGGCCCCGAGCUUCAAAAUCUGGGAACUAUCUGGGAACCACGUGUGCACCAGUUUGGCAUCAAAACCUUAACAGUCAAAUGUAUCAUCCGCUCAAAGUGGACUUCUUUGCUCUUACCAUCUUCUGUUUUGACAAAAAUCUUAAAUUCAACCACAGAGGAUCCCACAGCUUCAUAUUUUGACUUGUUGGGUCACUGACCGAGCUGCUGCCUUUUAAAGCUCGAGGCUGAGAACAGGUGAGCUCUGCAGAAAACGACUUAAAUUAUGAAAUUAAAUGAAUUCCCUUUUUGCUAUAUUCUCCCAGAUGCUCUGUCUCCAUACAUCAAACACAGCUGUCUUUGUUUUCUCCUUUAGGUCAUGCUUAAACUAAGUUGUGUGAAUCUGGCGAUGUGGUUAUUGUAUUUGCAAGGAAAAUGUGCAAUAUACGGCUCUCAGAUGGUUCCAGGUUUCAGCAUAGAACUCCAAUAUCUCUUUUUUAUUAAUUAUUAUUAUUAUUAAACUGUUUAAUCCUUAUUUUUCCAGUCAGUUCCUCAGGUCACUAAAUGCCUUCUGGUCCUGAGGGUGACCAGGAAAUCUCAGAACAUACACUAAUGCACCCGACAAACAAAAACGACUGGAUUUUAUUUGAGUCUCGUCUCUGUUUUUGUCUCCGUUUCCACCUGUGACAGUUUUCAGAUUUUUUUUGUUUAUUUUCAGGUUAACACGGGCACUUAUUCCAGUGUCCUUUUCCUUGCCUCCUUUUAUAUUAUUGUUAUUUAUUGCACAUGUAUGAACUGGUUUUCAUUGCCACAUUUAAAUUUAAGGAGUUUGGGGUCUAGAAUGGGGCUGGAAUUUCUUACGUACAAAACUACAGAAGCUUUUGUCAAAACCUAAGUGUGUAUUUCAUCAAUAAAUGCCUUUAAAAGUGUUUCUUACGCUGCACGGACUCUUUUAUUACACUUUAAACUAUUGUAACAUCUGUAUAUUUUUGUUGUUCCUCAGGGACGUCUGCAGCAGCGAUCCAGUGUGAUGGAGAACAGGGACUCCCAGAAAAGAAGUCGUAGUCAUCGAUUUAUACGUUUAAUUUUUAUUUUCAUCAAAACAGCCUAUAAAAUAUAACUUGCGUGCUAUCGUUUCAUUACUUGAAGAAGAAAAAUGUAUCUUGCCACUCCUCUGCGAUGAGCGGGGCUCUACUCCGCUCGCUCCACUCUCUAUCUCACAACAUACAUGUGUGCUGACAUGCUACGCGGCGUAGCAUGUCGGCACUGCUGAUUCUGGUAUCCUUGUCGCGAGCGCUUGCCGCUCAUAUCCUGCCAGUUUUGAGCAGGAUGUUUUUGAUAACCCGGGGUUUUGGCUCCUUUCCAUCGUGUUUGCCGCUAACAAAGCAAUGAUAAAACUGGUCAUGGAGCUCCGAACGUUCAGCACCCUGAUUGAAAAUAUCUGCAUUCUUCAGAAAGAUGGUCCGUAGUGAUGCGGACGCCGCACAUUCUCUUGUGGAUGUUAACUUAAGCUUCGCUCGCAGCCCUGAAAAGAGCGCUGGGUCAUCUCCGGCCACCUUGUGUGACGUCGACAUACGGCAUACGGGGUGAUGUAUGUCUAUGUUAGGGGAAACACCAGAUAGUUUCAGUGACUCUAAUGGGACAUGAUGAACUUCACAGGUCAGCUGACCAGAGAUACAGCCUCUGAUUGGUCGACAGACCAAAACAAGAUCUCAACAACAGAAAUGAUACCUUUCACCAAAAUUUAAAUAUAAAUCAUCAGAUUAUUUUUGAUAGGACUGGAUUAGACAGUCUUGAUAUUCACUGACUGCUGUGGGAUAGAUAAAAAAAACAUAGAUGCUGUGAAAACUUAGAGUUUAUCUUCUACAGAGUGUCGGUCUCACAGGGCGAGUGGAUUUUACUGUAAGUGUACUGUCCUGCAUUUAUAACUAAUACUGUAAACAACAUUUAUCAUCACUGAACGGUUAAUAUAAGAGGUGUAUUUCAAGAAAAAAAACAUGUCUCAUAUUACGGUCAAUACGGUAAAUCCCACGCCUUGUGUAAACAGACUCUCUAGCCUGUGUCCACCUGUGGGAUUGCAGAUGACGAUGUCUACUCUGUCACGUCUGUAACAUAUAAGCCGUCACAGCCUGUGAAAGUCUUUUGAGUUUGUUGGAUUUUCAUAAACUUUUUCUCCCGUUUCACAGAGAUCUUGACUCGCCAAACCUCGUUUAGAGACUUGACUUGAAGAGGGAAAACAUGGUGGUGUAGAAACCAUUCUGAGCGUCCUGCGGAGCAGAUGUGAGGAGAGAGCCGAACCGCUCAUCAGCUGCUCCUCACACAGACGACUCACUCGCUGUGUUCGUUUUGAGCAGCUUCAUCACCCGGGGAGCUUCGUGCUUCUUCUACUUGCACUGCUAAUAUUUGGAGAGUUGUCCCAUCGCAAUAAAAAGAAAAAGACUCGUUGUAUUUCAGUCAAAACCACUUUUUUUUUUUUUACCAUUACAGUCGUGCAGAGUGUUCAGACAGCAUCACUCUGCUCACACUGCAGUUGCAGAUACGCCAACACGGCCCUGCAUCUGAUUAACUGGAGACUCCAAAUUCAGAAAUCUCUGCUUAUUCCCAAGUCGUACCUGAA